GGAGCAUUCCCAGCCUCGCCUCGGGUGGAGGGACUGCGAGGAGGGAAAGCAAAACUACACGGCCCAUCUCUGUGUAGUUUUGUUCUUUUCAGGGAAUAUUUCAAGGCUCAACCGUUCUCAUCCUGGAUUUCCCAGCACACAUUUCUCUGGAUAAGGGUAUUGCCGUUUAUUAGUGGGCUCAGCCCCUUCAAUUCCUGGCACUCUUGUGGAUACAAGGUGCCCCCACCAUGGCAACACAAGCGCCAACAUUCACACAGCCGCUGCAGAGCGUCGUGGCACUGGAGGGUAGUGCUGCGACGUUCCAGGCUCAAGUCAGUGGUUCUCCGGUUCCUGAGGUGAGCUGGUUUCGGGACGGACAGGUUCUUUCUGCUGCUGCUCUGCCCGGCGUUCAGAUCUCGUUCAGUGAUGGCCGCGCUGUUCUGAGUAUCCCCGCUGUGACCGCCGCACACAGCGGACGCUUCUCUGUCAGAGCAACCAACGGAGCAGGACAAGCCACCAGCACCGCUGAGCUCCUCGUUACAGCGGAGACCGUCCCACCCAGCUUCCUUCAGAGACUGCAGAGCUCCACAGUGAGACAGGGCAGCCAGGUGAAGCUGAGCGUCAGAGUGAGCGGGAUCCCCUCCCCUGGGGUGAAAUUCUACAGGGAGGGAGCAGAGAUCCAGAGCUCCACGGACUUCAGGCUCCUGCAGGAAGGAGACCUGUAUACCCUGCUGAUCGCUGAGGCCUUCCCAGAGGAUUCUGGGACGUACUCCGUGGUAGCUGCCAACAGUGGUGGACGGGUCACGUGCACCGCCGAACUCCUGGUUCAAGGUGAAGAAGCCGUUCCAGCUAAGAAAACCAAAACGACCCCACAGAUCCGACAUCCCAGAGAGGAAAAGAAGAUGGAAGGUGUGGAGACACCUCCGCUGCUGGGCCACAAGACUCCGCCCAGAGUUCCACCAAAGCCUGCGUCCAAAUCGCCAACACAGCCUUCGCUGAUCCCUAAGGCGGCUGGAGGUCGCCAGCAGUCCCCCUCACCCGUCAGACACGUGAAGACACCCACCCCUGUUAGGCCGGUCAAAUCCCCGCUCACGGCACACAAACAGCCUGCCCCUGCUGGCGCUGAUGUCCGCCCGCCAUGGAAACGGGCAGGUGAUGCUGAGGUCCCAGAGCAGCCAAUCACAGAGGCCAAGGAGGCUGAAGGAGGAACGAGAGCUGGGGCGGUGGCCACGGUUGUGGCGGCCGUUGACCACGCUCGCAUCCGUCUGCCUGUGCAUGAUAAAGGUGAUCAAGGUCAAGCGCGGGAGGCGGGGGCUGUGGAAACGCAGCCAAGUCAGCAGGUCUUUGCUAAGGUUGCUGAACAACAGCAUGGAACCAGCUGGAUGCCAACCAGAGUGCAGGCUGGCCAAAUGCCCACUCCUGCUCAGACGUUCACCCCUGAACCACAGCAUCAGUUACUCCAGGUUCAGAGAACAACAGAGGUCUUCUCCCAUGUGGACACUAGUGUCUUCUCAUCUCCUGUUCCACAUUUCACAGUUUUUAAAGUUUCUGCUCCAAAACCUGAGACUAACGGGGAGGUUUCCAUUGCUGGCACAGCAAUCGCAACUUUGCAGAAAGAGUUGUCCUCAUCCUCUGUCACCUCUAGAAAGAUCAUCAGGCCUGUCAAGUCCCCCAGUCUGUCUCAUAGAGCGCCUGAAGCCGCAGAGACACCUGAGCGCAUCCUGCCGCCUUUCAGAGGCUCUGUCAAAAACCACUUUGGAGCUGACUUACAGACUGGGCUUGUGUACUCGGGGGGCUUGGAGAGAGAUUGUGAGGAUUGGGGAGCAAAGGUGGGGAAGGAAGAAGCCACGCCAGCUGCUGUCGGUCCCAUGGUAGCGCCCACAGUGGUCUCUGGCCUGAGGAAUACAAAUGUGACUGAAGGGGAGUCUGUGACUUUGGAGUGUCAGAUCACUGGUCACCCCAACCCCAUCAUCAUGUGGUUCAGAGAAGACUACAAGUUUGAAAGCUCCACUGAUUUCCAGAUGAGCUAUGAGAAUGGAUGUGCCCGGUUGGUGAUACGUGAAGCAUUUGCAGAAGACAGCGGACGCUUCACCUGCACUGCCACUAAUGCAGCCGGGACGGUCAAUACCUCCUGCUACCUGCUUGUCCAGGUUUCUGAAGAAAUUGAGAGCAGACAAGAGGCAGGUGAAGAUGCAGAAGCUCUUGAGAAGAUGGCAGAGGAAGCAAAAGAGGACACCGUGUCCGAGGUGAGCGAGGCGGACAGCGCUGCAGCUGCUGCCCCCUUUUUCAUCAAGAAGCCGAGCGUCCAGAAGCUGGUCGAGGGUGGAAGUGUCGUCUUUGGAUGUCAAGUUGGUGGAAGCCCCAAACCACAAGUUAUCUGGAAGAAGAGUGGUGUGCCGCUCACCACUGGAUACAGAUACAAAAUUGUCCACAAAAAGGACACUGGGGAGUGCCGGUUGGAGAUCUCCAUGACAUUUGCAGAUGAUGCCGGAGAAUACUCUGUUUUUGCCAAGAAUCAGCUUGGAGAGGUCUCAGCCUCCACCAGCCUGCUGGAGGAGGAGGAGUACGAGGCCUACGUGAAGAAACAAGAAGCAACCUUUAAGACUGAAGUGACAGCUUUUGUGCAGGAACCCAAAGUUGGAGACAUUCCCCCUGUUCCUGCUCCGUCCAUGGAGCAGAUGACGGCCACAAUCAUUUCUGGACAGGAAUUUCAUCUGUCUGCUGUUGAGCAGAGGACCAUUCAGGAGAUUGAGUUUAAUAUCAUGAAGAUCACAUACCGAGAAAUUGUCACAGAAGAUGGAGAGUUGAUAGUGACUGCGGCCCCCACCGAGGCAGUGCCGCCAGACUUCAACACUCCUGUCAAAAACUACAGGAUCAUGGAGGGGAUGGGUGUCACCUUCCAUUGCAAGAUGGCUGGGAUGCCGCUUCCCAAGAUCGCUUGGUUCAAAGAUGGCCAGCGUAUCAGGCAUGGAGACAAAUACCAGAUUGAGGUCCUGGAAGAUGGAAGAGCCAGCCUCCGUCUACCUGUGGUGAGACAAGAAGAUGAAGGCGUGUACACUGCCUUUGCCACCAAUGUAAAAGGCAACACAGUGAGCUCUGGGAAACUCUACGUGGAGACAUCUGGAACGGCUACACCCCAGAGAUAUACUCCACAGCAAGUGCAAAGAAUCAGGUCUACGUCUCCUCGUUCACUGAGUCUCUCACCUGGACGCUCUCCUAGCCGUUCACCUGGACGCUCACCGGCUCGCCGACUCGAUGAAACCGAUGAGGCUCAGCUGGAAAGACUUUACAAACCAGUUUUUGUUAUGAAGCCUUCAUCUUGUAAAUGCUCAGAGGGACAGACUGCCAGGUUUGAUCUGAAAGUCGUCGGCAGACCGAUGCCUGACACAUACUGGUUUCACAAUGGACAACAAGUGGUUAGUGACUACAACCAUAAAAUAGUGAUCAAGGAAGAUGGGACGCAGUCACUCAUCGUUGUCCCAGCCAUGCCUCACGACUCCGGAGAGUGGACCGUCAUCGCUCAGAACAGGGCCGGACGCUCAUCCAUCUCCAUCACUCUGACUGUCGAUGCUAAAGAAACCUUGGUGCGGCCACAGUUCACAGAGAAGCUGAGAAACGUCAGCGUGAAACAGGGAACCCUGGUCGAACUUGCCGUCAAAGCCAUUGGAAACCCUCUGCCAGAUAUUGUCUGGCUGAAAAACAGCGACAUAAUCACAGCACACAAGCACCCAAACAUCAAGAUCGAAGGAACUAAAGGAGAGGCCAAAUUCCAGAUUCCCUCCACUGCAGGCUCAGACAGUGCCUGGUACACUGCAACAGCCAUCAACAAGGCUGGCAGGGACACCACCCGCUGCAGAGUCAACGUUGAGGUGGAGUAUGAAGAGCCUGAGCCGGAAAGGAAGCUAAUAAUUCCCAAAGGAACCUACAAAGCUAAGGAGAUUACUCCUCCAGAGUUGGAGCCUCUCCACCUGCGUUACGGUCAGGAGCAGUGGGAGGAGGGUGACCUCUACGAUAAAGAGAAACAGCAGAAGCCACAGUUCAAAAAGAAGUUAGCCUCAGUUCGCAUGAAGUGCUUUGGUCCUGCUCAUUUUGAGUGCAGACUCACGCCCAUCGGUGACCCCACCAUGGUGGUGGAGUGGCUGCAUGACGGGAAACCGUUGGCUGCUGCCAAUAGGCUGCGAAUGGUCAAUGAAUUUGGCUACUGCAGCCUUGAUUACGAAGUUGCAUACGCCAGAGACAGCGGUGUCAUCACCUGCAGAGCCACCAACAAGUUUGGAGUGGAUCAGACCUCUGCCACCCUAAUUGUCAAGGAUGAGAAGGGUCUGGUUGUGGAAACGCAGCUUCCUGAGGGCAGGAAAGGAGCCCAUCGAAUCGAUGAAAUGGAGCGCCUGGCACAUGAAGGGGGACCUUAUGGAGUGACUGCUGAAGAGCAAACAGAGAAACUGAAACCUGAGAUUGUACUUCUGCCGGAACCUGUCAGAGUUGUGGAGGGGGACACAGCACGAUUCCGCUGCAGAGUGACUGGUUAUCCAGCACCAAAGGUUAACUGGUAUCUUAACGGACAGCUUAUAAGAAAAAGUAAGAGGUACAGACUUAGUUACGAUGGUAUUUACUACCUGGAGAUUACAGAUCUGAAAUCCUAUGAUGUGGGAGAGGUCAAAGUAGUGGCAGACAACAACCUGGGUUCAGCUGAACACACAGUGAAGCUGGAGAUUCAGCAGAAGGAGGACUUCAGAAGUCAUCUGCGCCGAGGUGCUGAGGCCAAGGGGGCUGAGGCACCCCAUGAAGCUGGUAAAACACAGUUUGAGGUGGUAAAAGCUGAGAAAACCUCUGAGGAUGCUCAGCUGAAAGAGGUCGUCAAGCUCAAGAAGGCUCAAAGAAUUGUUCACGAGAAGGCCACGGAGGAGUCAGAGGAGCUGAGGAGCAAAUUCAAACGCAGGACAGAGGAGGGCUACUAUGAGUCCAUGACUGCAGUGGAGCUUAAGUCUCGUAGGAAGGAUGUAUCAUAUGAAGGUCUGCUGAAGAAGACAAAGGAGGAGCUGCUUCACCGCGUCAAGGAGAAGGAAGAGGCUGAAAAGAAGAUGCAGGAGGAGCGUAAACUUUCUGAAAGGUCUUUCACACCAGAGAGGGUCAAGCUUGCACCUAACAUGGAAGCUCCUAAAAUCAUUGAGCGCAUUAUAAGCCAGACAGUCUCACUGGGUGAUGAAGUGAGGUUCAGGGCCAGAGUUGUCGGUAAACCAGAUCCCGAGUGCCAGUGGUUUAAGAAUGGAGUUCAGUUGGAGAGGUCAGACCGUGUCAGCUGGUCCAUGCUUGAGGAACACGUGUGUGAAUUGGUGAUCAGACAUGUCUCUGCAGAAGAUUCUGCUAGUAUCAUGCUGAAGGCCACCAACACUGCAGGAGAGACAUCAAGCCAUGCCUUCCUUCUGGUCCAAGCAAAACAAGCAAUAACUUUCACGCAGAAGCUGGAGGACGUUGAUUCCAAAGAAAAGGACACAAUGGCUACCUUUGAGUGUGAAACCAAUGAGCCCUUUGUUAAGGUCAAAUGGCUUAAGAACAACCUCGAGAUCUUCUCUGGGGACAAAUACAGGAUGCACUCUGACAGAAAGGUCCAUUUCUUGUCUGUGCUGAUGAUUGAGAUGAGAGAUGAUGCGGAAUACACCUGUGCAGUUAUAGAGGAUGAAGAUGUCCGAACAACGGCAAGGCUCAAUGUUGAAGGAGCCCCUCUGGAGAUCCUGAAGCACCUUGACAGCACAGAAGUGCCGGAGACCUACUCUGGAGAGUUUGAAUGUGUCGUGUCUCGGGAAGAUGCUGAGGGCAGCUGGUUCUUUGGACAAAAGCUGCUGCAACCCAGUAGCAAAUAUGUUGUGUCGUCCCGCCGUGGACGGCACACUCUCUCUGUGAAGGAUGUCAAGAAGGAAGACCAGGGAGAGUACACUUUCAGAGUGGGAGAAUUUCAAUCAUCUGCUUCACUUAAGAUGAAAUUGCGCCCCAUCACCCUGAUGACUCCAUUGACCGACCUAACUGUUUGUGAAGGAGACAUUGCUCAGCUUAUGGUCAAGUUCUCCCAGGAGAAUGUUGAAGGAUCAUGGAUGAAGAAUGGAAAGCCGAUUGAGGCUUCAAGCCGAGUGCACAUAGUUACUGACAAACAAACCCAUAAACUCCUGAUUGAAGAUACCAGCAAGGAUGACUUUGGAAUGUACUCUUUUGUUGUCCCCGAUCAUGAGAUUUCAACAUCAGCAAAGCUCAUCAUCCAGACUAUUGGCAUCCUGACACCUCUGACGGACACAACUGCUGUGGAGGGCACAAAGGUUGUUCUGGAAGCAAAGAUCUCAGCUCAGGAUGUCAGCUCUGUCAAAUGGUACCACAAAGACAAACUGCUGACAUCCAGUGAGCGGAUCAACAUGGUUGCAAAGGGAUCCAAGCAGCGGCUUGUCUUCACCAGGAACCAUGCUUCUGAUGAAGGACAGUACAAACUGGUGGUGGGUCGUGCUGAGACCAGCUGCACACUUACUGUUCAGCCUGUCCAGAUUUUGAAGCCAAUGACCGAUAAGGAGUGCUCUGAGUCGGAGAAUGUCACUUUUGAAGUUGAGGUCUCCCACCCCGGCAUUGACCCCUUUUGGACCUUCAGUGGGCAGCCACUCAAAGGCGGCGCCAAGCACAAGAUGGAGUCCAGGGACAAACGCCACACUCUGACAUUAAUGAAUGCAAUGAAAGAUGAGGAGGGCCAGUAUACGUUUGCUGCUGGCGAGAAGACGUGCAGCGCUUCGCUUACUGUAACAGGGGGUGCCAUCAAAAAGCCUCUGCGGGAUUUGGUUGUAGCCGACUCACAGACUGCAGUGCUGGAGUGUCAAGUAGCAAACCCGACUGCAGAAGGAAAGUGGCUGAAAGACGGCCAGCCUGUUGACUUCAGUGAGAAUGUCCGAAGUGAGGUGGUUGGAGCCGUGAGGCGUCUUGUGAUUGUCAUUACUAAAGCCACUGACAUUGGAGAAUAUACCUACCAAGUUGCCACCUCCAAGACUACAGCCACACUGAAAGUUGACGCUGUAAAAAUCAAGAAAACCCUGAAGAACGUGAACGUGGUUGAGACACAAGAGGCUGUGUUCAGUCUUGAGCUGACCCAUGAGAACGUCAGAGGAGUCCAGUGGAUCAAGAAUGGGGUGGAGAUCCAGCCCAGUGAGAAAUAUGAGAUCAGCAUUGAGGGCACAGCCCACACCUUGAAGAUAAGAAACUGCAACUCACAUGAUGAGUCUGUGUACUCCUUCAAACUUGGAAAACUGUCUGCAAAUGCCAGACUGAACGUUGAAACAAUUAAGAUCCUGAAGAAGCCAAAAGAUGUCACAUCGCUGCUGGGUGGAACAGCUGUGUUUGAAGUGGGUAUUUCAGAGGACAAUGUUCCAGUCAGAUGGAUGUUCAAAAAUAUGGAGUUGAAGCCAAGUGAGCACUACAUGAUGCUCUCUGAGAAGAGGAACCACAAGCUGAUUAUUCAGAACGUGGACAACUCCAAAGAAGGAGAGUACACUGCUGUUGUGGGCCACCUGCAGUGCAGUGCUCAUCUCGUUGUUGAAUCUUUGCGAGUCACCAAGCCCCUAAAGAACGUCGAGGUUCCAGAGACUUUGAUGGCCUCCUUUGAGUGUGAAGUUUCCCACUUCAAUGUGCCAUCCACCUGGCUAAAGAAUGGCGUGGGAAUUGAGAUGAGUGAGAAGUUCAGGAUGGUGGUUCAAGGGAAACAGCAUCACUUGAAGGUCAUGAAUAGCAGCAAGGAGGACUCUGGAGAGUACACCUUUGUCUGUGGGAGCGACAGAGUGUCUGCGACCCUCACCGUCAACCCUGUUCUGAUCACAACUAAGCUGCAGGACAUCAGUGCCCAUGAGAAAGACAUGGUCACCUUGGAGACGGCAGUCAACUAUGAGGGAAUUGCGUACAAAUGGUUGAAAAAUGGCGUGGAGAUCAAAUUCACUGAAAGAUGCCAGGCUCGAUGCAAACAGCUGACUCACACGCUGAGCAUCAGGAACGUUCAUUUUGGAGACGGUGCCGAAUACAGCUUCCUGGCGGGGUCUGCCGUUUCUACAGCCAAGCUUCAUGUGGAAGCUCGUGUGAUAGAGUUUACCAAACACCUAAAGGACCUGAGCAUCACAGAGAAGAAAAGAGCCACUUUUGAGUGUGAAGUAUCUGAAGCCAACAUUCAGGUGAUGUGGAUGAAGGACGGCUUGGAGCUGGAGAUGUCUGACAGGCUCAAAAUAACUGUGGACGGAUUUCUGCACCGUCUGGUUCUGCCGUCUGUCCGUCUGUCCGAUGCCGGUGAAUACACUGCAGUGGCUGGAUCCAGCAUGUCCAAGGGCCACUUGAUGGUCGAGGGACGGGACAUUAAAAUCUCAGAGCCUGCGAACAAAAACAUCACAGUGGUUGAGAAGCAAAGAGCAACCUUCGAGUUUGAGGUGAAUGAGGAUGACGUGGAGGGUCGCUGGUUGAGGAAUGGAGUGGAGAUCCAGCUACCAGUGGAGGAGAGGUUCAGCUACGCCACCAUCAGAAAGCUGCACCGCCUCACAAUCUCGGAGACGUACAGGAGUGACGCCGGCGAGUACACCUUUUUGGCUGGAAAGAACAGGAGCGCCGUCAACCUCCAUGUGCAACUGCCGGAACCGCCUCAGAUCACUCGGCACAUGGAGCCUCAGACGGUAAUGUCGGGCAGGUUGGUCCGCUUCUCUGCGCAGGUGAGCGGCCUGCCCCCGCCCCAGGUGUUCUGGUACAAAGACUCCCAGCUUCUCUCUACCAGCUUUACGUGCAAGUUCCUCCAUGAUGGAGAUGAGCACACUCUGAUGCUGCUGGAGGUCUUCCCAGAGGACGCCGCCAUCUACAGCUGCUCAGCUAAGAACGACUACGGAGAGGCGACAAGUUCCGCUCCUCUUAUCGUGCAAGUUCCUGAAGUGCAAGCGACUCCAAAAUCCCCCCCGGCUCUGAUCACUCCACUGCAGGACAUCCUAGUAUCAGAGGGACAUCCUGCCCAGCUGCAGUGCACUGUUUCUGGGGAAGAUCUGCAGGUUUCUUGGUUCUGUAAUGACAGAGAGAUCAGGCAGUCAGACAUCUUCAGGAUGUCUCAUUUUGAUGAAACCUGCCUUCUGGAGAUUUCUAGAGUUCUCCCUUCACAUGAAGGAGAGUAUUCGUGUAUUGCCCAAAAUGCUGCAGGAAUGGUCACGUCUUCUGCCACGCUGAAUCUUGACGAUGAAAACACCUUAGCUAGUUUGUCGAGCAGCGGGGCCGAGGCUAAGCUAAUUCAGAGAGUUGAGGCUCACAGGGAGAGUUUCAGCUCUCUGACGGUGGGGCAAACCUCCCACAGUGUUGACUUCACUGGGGGGCUCUCUGAGACUUCCUCCACAUCAUGGAGAACCCUGGAUUUUCACGAGGAGAGCGUAAACUCCGUGGAGACAAGUUUUCAUAGCAACUCUGAUUUUCGGCUUUCCGCCGGCCCCAAGCUCUUGAAGGAAAUGAGUGACAUCACAGUGAAAAGUGGCGAGAUGGCCAAGUUCAGCUGCUUGUUCAAUGGGCACCCAUUCACGGGGGUGGCAUGGGAUCAUGACGGGCAAAACCUGGUGGACACAGAGCGGGUGAGGAGCUCUCAGAGUGGGGGCUUGUUGUCCCUCGUCAUCCACAGUGUUAGUGUGGCAGACCAGGGAAAGUACUGCUGCAUAGCCACAAACCCACAUGGUCAGGACAGCUCCUCUGCCCAGCUCACUGUUCAAGCUAAAGAAGGAAAUCUCAAAGCAGAGAUGAACAUCCUUACAGAUUCUGUGGUUAAAGUGUCUGAGGCAGACAGGAAUGCUCCCAGAGAUCCCUCUGACCAAGACAAGCAGGAGUCGAGGAAACAAGUGGGACCACUGCCUGAAUCUUCCCAGGGACCUUACAAUCUUAUCAGCCUCCUGUGUUUCCCAGACACCAUCCCUUAUGAAGGGGAUCUGAACCUGUUUACUAGCCCUGAAAUCUUGAUCAAACUCCCUCCGGACCUGCAGACCACCAACGGACCCAGUGAAGCUCAGUACAGGGCCAUGAUACAGCUUCCCACUCUGCUUGACAUUUGGCUUUUCCGACAUUUGAACAGUAAAGGUUCUGACUUGUACUCCUCAAAGCAUGAUGGGCCCCUGUGCUUCAAAAACGCUUACAAUGCACAGACUGGAGAAAUGGGCUCUUACUCUUGCAAAGCUGUAAGCUCAGUUCCAAACGCUGAGUGCAGCAGACUGAUGAAAGUAACUGCAGUGAAAAAGGAGCCCGCCAUUCAGGAGCAAGUUCAAGCCUUCUCUAGCUUGACAGACGAAGAGGAAAUCCAGGAGUCAUUGACAUUAACAGAUAAAACCAGAACACAUGAACUCAAACCAGAAACCAAAAGCGUAUCCCGCAUUUUGGGAAGGAAAGCAGAGAAGCCCGUUUUCCUCAGUACACUUUCACCAGUGGCCGUGACUGUUGGAGAAACUGUUGUAUUUACCGUCAGAGUGUCUAGUUUCCCAGAAGCCUCCAUUCAGUGGUUCCACAAUGGUCAGAGAAUAGCAAGUUCAUCUGAAUAUCAUUUCAUUCAUGAAUUAGAGAACUAUAGUUUAGUGAUUAACAAAACUCAAACAGAGCAUGAAGGAGAGUACUUCUGUUCAGUCAGCAACCCGUUUGGCCAGUCAACCUGCUCUUCUCAUCUGCUAGUUCAACUGAAAGAGCCAGAAAGAGGUAGAGAGGUUGACCUGACCCCCCAUGACAAACCCCCUAAAUUCACAAAAGCUAUUGAGUCUUCUGAAGUGCCACAGGGAGGCCAGUGUUUCUUCAGGUAUGUGGUGACGGGGCAGCCGCUUCCUGAUAUUCAGUGGCUUAAAGGCAGCUUCCAUAUCCAACCCAAUGAGUUUUGUGUCAUAAUAAACAACCCAGAUGGCUCAGGCUUCAUUCACAUGAAGAAUGUUAAACUGGAGCACAGUGGCGUUUACACCUGUAAGGCUUUCAACCAGUAUGGAGAAGACUGCUGUACGGCAGAUUUGCUUGUAGUCGCUGGGGAUGAACACAAAUCCGUUCAAAAAAUGAAACGUCUGAAGAUGACCAUGUGUGAAGAUGACAUGGAAUGCAGAUCUCGUCUGGAAAGAACCCAGUCAGGUCAGAUGAUCUACACAAUAAGUACGGAAGAUAGGCAAAUUAUUCCAAGUGAGGAAGUGGUACCUCUCAGAGAGGUUGAGGUUUUUACUGCCGCCCCUAAACGAGAGCAGCACACUCACCAGGCAGCGGUUCUGCAGUCACAUGAACUAAAGGAGAGGGUUUCCUGUACUCCAGCUCCUCCACUUAAGGUCUCAGCAGUUCCAACAGAGCACCUUCAAAUGGAAAUGCUUCUGCCUUCAGUAAAGAAGCAGAAUGUCAUUGAGCAACCCUCUCUACAAAUGUUCAGCCCUGAGGUCUUAAAACCGGAGCUUGCCGUUGAGCAGCCGUCUAAGCUCAUGCUAGCUACAUCAGAGGAGGUCCUUCCUCUGAUGACAGUGAGAGACACGCCGUUCACUGGUGACUUCUCAGAGCUCAUACAGGUCCUGCCUGAGCCUCUACAGCUCACUAGUGGUAACCAAGAAGAAUCAACUUUUUGUACUCUUGGUACAAUGUUGGGCAGCACAUACAGAGCCCAACAGGACAGGAAGGUUAGGGCCACUAAGGAUUUCAAGGCUUUGUACUUGGCUCAGUCAGUGGGCCAACCGCUGCUCCUAGAAGCUCACUCUGAGCCACUGCUGGCAUCAGACGCAGCCAACCAGUCCUUCAUUGGGAGAGAACAACCCAAGGCAGUGGUAGCACCUGUGAGUGAAUCCCAAUUGGCUUUGCAUAAAGAGAACCAAUUGGAAAUACAAAGGCAAGAGCAUGAAAGCAUCAGGCCCUGCAGACAAAGAGUGUGCCAGUCGGCUAUUACUACUAAAGAGGUAUACAAGUUCCAGACAGAACAGACUGGAGAGGUACCUUUUAGUGGAUCCCCUGUGUCUCUGAAGCGUCAGCAUGAGGGGAAAUCAUUUUUACAUUUACAGGUCAUCUGUGAUCAGAAUGUUUUACAGUCUGAAGGGCAGCUUAGCCGCAAAGACCUCCUUAUGGAGCAGGCCAAAGUCAGGAGGAACCUGCCUUUGCUGCAUCUAGUGACUCAAGAGGAGCAGAUGGCUGUUGUUUCUGAGACAACUUUACAGUUUUCUGCAGAAACAGAGGCAACCUCUUUUCAGCCAACAAAGGAGCAACAACGGUCAAAACACGUUCAGUCAGUCCAUUCCUCCCCAAUUUUGUCAAUGGAAGGCCAACUUACAGACACACGAUCUGAAGAGCAAAAAGCAUUCCGAAAACAAGAGAAGGUGCUAAGCUUUGCAGCACCUUCAGAGGUGAGACAGGAGAUUACUGCUGACUUCUGCAAAAAUUUAGAUCUGUCUAUGGUGGGGGUGAAACCACAGUGUCACGUAGAGUCUAGGCUUCUUAGCAUGCUGCCUGUAUCCUCGCAGGUCCUGCAGCUGCCAAAAGAAACUCCUUUGGUCGCCAACCUGGCGCAACAGCGAGCAUUAUUGGAGAAGGAAGAUUACCAAAACAUUAGGCAUUCUUUAAACAUCACAGACACUCAGAUUGUUGAAGAGGCUCAUACCACUAGCCUUGAUAGUGAGGAAAGGUUUGAGCCUGAAUCAAGAACUGAACCCGACAUCUCUAAAAACUCUGUUUUUAUUAGAGAGAAUGCAGUGGCUACUGAAAGCUGCGAAAUUCUGAAGGGAGCCGAGCAGGAUUUUGCUCUCCAUAUCAAGGAGGGACAAUCAAUAUAUCAGUCAGUGUUGCUGGAAGAAAAGCAAGUUAUGUUGGGAGACCAGGCAACAGUGUUUUAUGAACCCGAGAGCUCCACUGUUAGCAUGAAUAAUCAAUCUAAAGAGGCCAUGUUUGUCCAUGAGUCUAAAGACGCUCAGACUCUACCUAAAGAGCUCAGCUUUGUCAUUGACCUUCCAACCACCGUCACUCUGAGCGUACAACAUCACCUUCGAGAUGCCCUUCAGUCAGCUCUUGCGUCUGACCACCUGAUCUUACUGUCUGACGCUGUACAACGAUUGGAAUCAGUGGAAAUUCAUGAGGUCAAGACUCUGAGAGAGCCCACACAGUUCUCAUGUGCUUAUGUGAUCACAUCACCGGGUGUACCCCUGGAUAUUACGCUGUUUUUUCAAGGAGAUUGCCACCAGAUUGCCGACAUGAAGUCUGAACUCCAGCUGGCUCUGCAUGCGAUGGUUUUCAAGGAGCAGCAGAGCUUCACACCAGAACAGGCAACCAUCCUUCAGAAAGAGAUGCUUCAAAAAGCACAGAUCAGCUCUGCACCGUCCACAAAGAAGCUGUCCUCUCUGGUGGGCGAUGUGUUGCUGAUGGAGAACGUAGUUGGGUUUCCUCCAGAUGCACCUAAUUUUGCAAAGGUCAAAACUGAGGCCUUGGCUUCUUUUCAUAAUGCAAUUGUGCAGAAUAAAUCUGAGAUCAAUGAGUCCAGGCAAGAAAACUUGAAAACAGAAAGCCCAAAGAGACACUGGACAGCAGCUGAAGGCCAGCAUAUGGACAGGUCUACCCAUAGAGAAACCAGGGAGAAGUGCCUUUCAGAGAUAGUCAUGGAUAGCGAAUCCAUUAGCAUUACAACUGAUUCCCCUUUGGUUGUUAAUUCUCUGAAGGACAUUUGUGCUGAGGAAAACAGCAACACUCUCUUUACUGCUACUAUUAAGAAUGUUACCAAGGUUUUGUGGUAUUUCAACGGACAGUUAGUCAAAUCUGGCACAGAGUUCAUGUGUUCCAAACACCACGACACUUACACAUUAGCUAUCAACACGGUUGCCAAGGAGAAGCACGAAGGACAAUAUGUCUGUGAGGCUGUGAAUGACGUUGGCAGGACCACGACAUCCUCUAGGCUCACUGUGAUCUCAAGAGUUAAACCUGUUUUCAAAGACAGAGUGGUUCCCCUGGAGGUCAACGCUGGCAGCACUGCCAGGUUUGAAUGUGAAACCGAGUUUGCUCCGAAUGUGAGCUUCAAGUGGUCCAAAGAUGGACACUCCAUCAAAGCAAGUGACAAAUGUAGGAUUAUCAGCCGAUUCACAGCUUCGUCUCUGGAACUUCUGAGCCCAACCCAAGAGGACAGUGGUGAAUACAGCUGUGAGGCAUCCAACCAGCAUGGCAGUGACAAAUGCUCUGCCUCACUCACCGUGACCGAGCAUCUCCCACCUGUUUUCUUAAGUAAGCCUGAAUCCCAGGCUGUGUAUGUUGGAAAGAAGGCACUGAUACAGUGUGCAAUAGGAGGAUCUACUCCUCUAAAUGUUGUUUGGCUCAAAGGCGACCAGUCUUUGCCAGAAGUGCCAGAACACUACCACUUCUCUUGUGAAAACAAUGAGCACACUCUUGAGAUCAGCAACGUUGGGGCCACAGAUCAAGGGCUCUAUGUGUGCCGAGUGUCAAACAGUGUUGGGAUGGCAGAGUGCAGCAUGGAGCUACGGGUUAUAGAAAAGCCCAACUUUGUAAAGCCCAUGUGUCCAGUUGCCCUUGUGAUUGGAGCUCCUCUGCACCUAGAGUGCCAGGUUGAUGAGGACACUGGAGUGAUUGUCAACUGGACCAGAGACGGUAAAAAAAUCCACCAGUCUCCAGAUUGUAAACUGUCAUUUGAAAAGAAGACAGUUAGUCUUGAUAUUCUAAAAAGUACACUAAAAGACUGUGGAACUUACAAGUGUACGGUCAAAAAUGAGGCUGGAAGUUCAACUUGCUCGUCUGAGGUACAGGUGCAAGAACCACCAGGCUUUGCAAAAAGGCUGGAGUCCGUUACAGUCUGGAAGCAAGGCAGCAAUGUGCAGUUGCAGUGCAGUGUCCGAGGAUCCCCUGAGCUUCGCACCAACUGGCUCUACAACAACAGCGUGCUGCAUGCUGGGGACAGAUAUGCCAUCAGUUUAAAGGAUGGCAUCGCUGCUCUUGAGAUACGGGAUGUCACGUUCAGUGACAGUGGAAACUACAGCUGUGAGGUUCUCAAUAAUUGUGGAUACGAGAGUUGCAGUACAAAGGCAGUUGUGAAAGAACCUCCAUACUUCAGAAAGGAUUUAGCCUCCGUGGAAGCAGUCAGAGGUCUGGUUGCUGUGCUGGACUGUGAGUUUGGAGGCUCUGAACCAUUUAAAGUUACUUGGAAAAAGAACAAGAAACCCCUGACUAGUGAUAAAAAGUACAGAAUCAUUUCUCAGGGUUUUCUGAGCUCACUGGAGAUUCAUCCCUUUGAAAGCGUUGAUGCUGGUGAAUAUGAAUGUACCAUAGCAAACGAUGUUGGGUCAAUGACCUCAAAGUCUGUGGUUAGACAGAAAGAACCACCAACUUUCUCCAAGAGGAUUGAGAGUGCUACAGUAGUUUUGGGAAAAGCAGUAAAAUUACAGGGAACUGUAAAGGGCUCAGCUCCUAUUUCCAUCAAAUGGAUCAAGGACUCUGAACUGAUCAGGGAAGAGGAUCCAAACAUCAAAAUGACAUUUGAGGAUAAUAUUGCCAGCAUUUCCUUCCCCUCUGUGGAAAUAAAGCACAGUGGCCGAUACACUUGCCUUGCUAUAAAUGAGGCAGGACAACAGAAAUGUGAAGCAGUCCUAACCAUUCAAGAACCUGCUGCGAUCUUAGAAAAAGCAGCAUCCAUCAGUGUGACUGCAGGCAAUUCAGCCACACUGGAAAACACGAUUACUGGAAGCCCUGAGCUCAGCGUAAAAUGGUUCAAAGAUGGAAAGGAGAUCAUCAGUGGUCAUAAAUACAAAGUCAAAUUAAAGGAGCACAGUGCUCUUCUUAAAAUUCUCACCUCCGAACAAGGAGAUACCGGAGACUACACGAUGGUGGUAUCCAACAAAGUGGGACAAGACAAGUGCACAAGCUCAGUCACUGUUAUAGAUCGGGCUGUUGCACCAGUUUUCACCAAACCUCUAAAGGAAAUACAUGCCAACAUUGACAGCAGUGUAACUUUGGAGUGUCGAGUUGCUGGGUCUGAGCCUCUGGCUGUAUCUUGGUUCAAGAACCUAAAGGAACUCCACAAUGAUGAGAAAUAUGAGCUGGAUUUCUGUGAAAGUACAGCCUCACUGAGGAUUAGAGGCCUAGCUCAAAGUGAUGGAGGAGAGUAUAUCUGUCGAGCUACAAACCCCGCUGGAACGGAGGAAACCAGUGGUUCUGUGCUUGUGAAAGAACCUCCAGGCUUUACAGUGAAACACGAGUCCCAGGAUGUCUUACAGGGAUCGAACGUUGUGAUGAAAUCUGCUUUUACUGGAUCCACUCCAAUUGUUGUAAAAUGGUUCAGAGAAGAGAAGGAAUUGUUCACAGGGGGAAAAUGUGUCAUCAAGAAAGAUUCCUCUUCCAGCUCACUGGAGCUCCACUCAGUCAAACCCAGUGACUCUGGAAAAUAUACCUGUCAAGUUUCCAACGAUGCUGGGAAGGUGGACUGCACUGCAGUCCUUUUUGUAAAAGAAGCCCCUUCAUUUGUGAUGAAGCUUGAGCCUUCCAGAGUGCUGCAAACUGGCCAGCCUCUGAAACUGUCCUGUAAAGUGCAGGGCAGUCCUGAAAUUCGCAUUACAUGGUUAAAAGACGGCUCAGAAAUCGUUUCCAGUGACAGAAACAUAAUGUCCUUCGACGGCUCAGUGGCAGCUCUGGAGAUUCCAAGCUGUUGUGUAGAGGACAGUGGCGAGUUUGUCUGCUUGGCAAUCAACGAGUCAGGCAGAGACCAGUGCAGCUCUUCUGUAGCGAUCAAAGAACCGCCAGUGUUCAUUAUGCCUUUUAAAUCAGCUGAGCUUGUAAGAGGAUCAGAUAUUCUCCUGGAAGGAACCCUCUCAGGUUCUGCUCCUUUUGAAGUAACUUUCUUCUUCAAUGAGGAGCUGAUUACAAACAGCAAGAGGCACAAAGUGACUGUUGAGAAAGACACAGUGGCUCUUCAUGUUACAAACUGUGAAGUCAGGGAUGCCGGCACGUACCGGUGUGUUAUCACGAAUGCUGUUGGGGAGACGUCUUGUUCUUGUCGGGUUUCUUUGAAAGAACCACCGUCAUUUGUUCAGAGUCUGGAGGACACAUCCUGCAUGGUGGGCUCUGAGAUCUCUAUGAAGUGUGUUUUGUCUGGAUCAUAUCCAAUGACAUUCAUCUGGAUCAAAGAUGGUUGUGAGCUCAGAGAAGACGAGCAUGUCCGGAUGUCCUUCGAAGCCCAAAGCACUGAGCUUCAUUUGAAAAAUGCUCAAUUAUCAGACACUGGUACAUAUGUGUGUGAAGUCCAAAACACAGCCGGGACUCAGAGAUGUGCGGCCGUGCUCACAGUGUCAGAGCGUAAAGUUCCUCCAAACUUCACCAAGAAGCCUUCUGAGUCAAUGACGGAUUCAUCGGGUCAAACGGUGAAGAUGGAGGGUCGGGUGUCCGGCUCCCAACCGCUGACUGUGACUUGGUGCAAGGACAACAGAGAGAUUAAGACUUCGGAGAAAUAUGACAUUACCUUCAAGAAUAACAUGGCCGUACUCUUGGUCAAGAACUCCUCUGUCUCUGACGGCGGAGUUUACCUCUGCCAGGUUUCCAACGAAGCAGGCAAAGCUUCCUGUCAGGUCUCCCUCUCAGUUUCAGAAACUGCCCAGGCUCCCAAGUUUGACGUUCCUCUGAAGCCCCUGACUGUGACGCUGGGGGAAACGUUGAACCUCCAAUGCCGUGUGAGCGGCUCGCCUCCCUUAACCAUCCAGUGGAUGAAGGACAGAAAGGAGCUGACGUCUGGCGAGAACACCAUCAUCACGUUUGUUGGUGGCACUGCCUCACUGGAGCUCAGACCGGUGUCAGAGACGGAUGCAGGAGAUUACCUGUGCAAAGCCACCAAUGCUUCUGGCAGUGACUUCUGCAAGUCGAAGGUCACUGUGAAAGUUUCAGAAAAGGGAGUGAAGGCUGCCCCCAGUGAGGCUGCUGUCCCAGCCACAGCCGCCCCCGUCAAACGGCUCGACAACCUCUUCUUCAUUGAGGAACCCACAAACGUGUCUGUUGUUGAAAAGGGAACGGCAACUUUCAUUGCCAAAAUCGGAGGGGAUCCGAUCCCCAGUGUAAAGUGGAUGAAGGGCAAAUGGAGACAGGUCACCCCUGGUGGUCGGAUAUCCAUUGAGCACAAGGGCCAGGAUGCCAAACUGGAGAUCCGGGAAGUGAUCAAAUCGGAUUCUGGUCUGUAUAGGUGCAUUGCCUCUAACAAACAUGGAGAAAUUGAGAGUGGUGCUGAGAUGACAGUGACAAAAAAGGAAGAGGCGGGGCAAAUUGGAGACGUUAGAAAAGGACUCAAAAAGACUCCCUCCAAGCAAAAGAGUCCCAAGAAGGAGGGGGAUAUCAACAUUGUGGAUCUACUCAGAGGUCACGACCCCAAAGACUACGAGAGGAUCCUGCGAGAGCAUGAAAUCUAUGACUACCGCGCCAUCCUGCAGGCCGUGGAGUUCCUCAAGAGGGAGAAGGAGAUGGAGGCGGGAAAAGCGGAGGUUGAACACGGAGGUCAGGUGGAGGAGGGGGACAUUGUCCGGCUCAUCCCACAGCUUGAGGGUGGCGUCAGCACCGAGCCUGUUACUGUGGUGAAGAACAUCGCCGACCAGACCAUUCCAGAGAACCAGUGCGCCACCUUUGAGUGUCAAAUCAGGAUUAAUUACCCAGAGAUCAGUCUGACGUGGUACAAAGGUACACAAAAGCUGGAUGCCAGUGAGAAGUAUGACAUUGGCAGGGUGGGUGACAACCACUACCUGAAGAUCAGGAACUGCCGGGCCACAGAUCAGGGCAACUACCGUGUGGUGUGUGGACCGCACAUCUCCAACGCCAAGCUCACUGUUACAGCCAACCAAAUUCAGUUUACAAAACGCAUCCAAAACAUCGAGGUCAACGAAAGCCAUUCCGCCACCUUCGAAUGUGAGCUGUCCUUUGACAACGCCACCGUCACUUGGUACAGAGACUCGUGGGAGCUUACAGAAAACCCCAAAUACAGCUUCAGGACAGAGGGUCGCCGGCACUUUAUGACCAUCCGCAAUGUCACUGCGCAGGACGAAGGCGUUUACUCUGUGAUCGCUCGCCUGGAGCCUUUGGGAGAAGCUCGCAGCACUGCUGAGCUUUACCUGUCAGGCAGAGAGGUGGGCUUGGAAAGGGUCCCUCAAAAUGCUGCCGAUGAGUUACUGUAUGUCCCAGAUGUGGCAUCAAUGGCAAUCAGUGGAGACUCAGCAGAGUUUUAUCACUGCAAAGAAAGACGUGAAUUCUCAGAGACCAAAAAGGUUGUGGAGGAAACUAUUGAGAGGACUCAAUUUGGGGUCAGAACAGAAGACUCUGCAGUUGCAGAAGCUUACAGGGUACCAGAGGAGAUGGUCCUAGCUCCAUCCAAAGAAACUGAAGUAAAGAAGCCACCAGCUGAGGUUGAAGAAGAGCCUCCACGACAACAAGCCCCUACAAAGAGCCUUCCUGAACCUCAACAAGCCAAGACAACAACCGUACUGAAAACUGAAGAUCUCACUUUGAAAGAGCUUGAGUCCAGAGCAGCCAAAGCAGUGCCUGAAAGCCAAGUACCAGCAACAGUCAAACAAACACCACAAGCAGAAGCUCCAAAACCUGGAGAGCGUGUUGCUGGGCCAGCUGCAGCUCCCCUGGGCCCACGCUUUGUACCAGCUCAAGCUGCUCUUCUGCCAUCUGCGCUUGAAGUACCUCCACUUAAGACAGAAGCUACUUCUCUUGAAGGUAUCUCCAUACCAAAAAUACCUGAGCCUCUUGGAAAACUGCCUGUGCUGUAUAGACGUGAUGUGCCAGACACUCCCAGCCCUCCCAUUAAAGGAGAACCAGAAGAAUCAAUGGUUCCAGAAAAACUCAACAGGCAUCUUCCAGAAACUAGAUGGGUUGAUGAUGAGCCACUGAAGGUCACGGAUGUAAAAGAAGUGCCAAAGGAGAGAAGGAAAGUCCUAGAAGAACAAAAUAAUGUUUUGGAAGUGGUAACAGAGUCUUCAAAAACACAAACAAAUCUUCUAGAAACAUCAGAAAUUGUUCUGGAAACAACAAAGAAGCUUCCAAAAAAAUCAAAGAUGCCUCAAGAACCAAGUCUACCAAAACCAAAAAGUCUUCCAGAAACACUAAAGAUGGUUCCAGAUUCAUCAAAUGUGGUUCUACAAGAAUUAAAGCUGACUACAGAAACCCCAAAGGAACUGCCAGAGAAACCAACAAACGUUCUGGAGAUGCCAAAAAAGCAGCAAACAGCACCAAAGAUUGUUGCAAAAGUGCCAACACCUGUUUUGGAAACAUCUCUGACUCCUGCAGAAAUGCCUAUAAAGGUCAUUUCAGAAACAGGAGCGCAAACAAAGUCUACAAAUAUUACAGAUUCUGUGACUGAGGUCAGCGAUAAAUCUCCAGAAACAUUAAGACAUCAUCCUAUGGCAGCAGAAGUGGUUAAGGAGGAACCAAAGGCGGCUCCAGAGGCAAAAGGCCUACCGCUAGAAAUCCAGAAAGUGGCUGCAGCUCCAGACCUGAUAACAGGGGAAAAACAUUCCUGUCCCAAAGCAUCACCAACACAAGAUUCUGAAAGCCUGAAGCAAAUUCUUCAGGCUGAAAAAGCUCAGCAACAAGUUCCUCCCUCAGAGGAGAAGAAGCCUGAACCCGAAGCAAAGCCAUCACCUCCUCCACCUCCUAGUGCAGAGAAAGCUGCAGCUCCUGGAGUAUCUCUCCCAGAGAAGAAGCCAACUGCUUCACUUCCGAAAUCCUCAAGCCCUCUUUCUCCCACUGCUACUCAAAUGGUUUCCCCUCCUGAAGAGGAGAGCAAACCCUCGGGGCAGAAGCCCUUGUUCCCUGCAAUUCCUGCAGAAAAAGUUUCUCCUCUUCCAGUGACUUCUCCAGAUGAGAAGAAACCAUCUCGCCCAACAAAAAAGGCACCAGCAGAACAUAUUGCUUCUCCAGCAGUUGCACCUUUGGAGAAGAAACCCUCUGAAGAGGCCGUUAAGGCUGAAGCUUCUCUUGUCUCAGAGAAAAUCUCUUCACCUGAAGAUAAGGAACCAGUUUCAGCUCCUGGACCUACUAAAGGUGUAAUUAAUCUCUCAAAAACACCGUCAGCUCUUAAGCAAACGGACAAGAUCCCUGUUUUGGAGGAAGACAUGCCAAUGUCACCAAAGAUGAAAAGCAAGUUUACCACAUUACCCAAAGAGAAGCAACCACAACUAGAAGUUGUUCAGUUAAAGAAGGUUCCUGUAAAACCUACAGAGCUCGAGAAACACGUAAUAACCCACGGAGCAGAAGUGACGAGAACUACUGACCGAGAAUUAACAGCUCAUGGACUUCACGAACGAGAAGAUCGAGUGAUAAUGACAUUUGACAGACCAGAACGAGUCUUCACUGCAGAACCAGAGACAAGGCAACUGAGCCAACUUAUGGGCACAGACAUGCUUAAAGUUUCACAUGAAAGAGAAGAAGGAUUGACAGGAACCCUUAAACAAAGGCAGGAGAAAGAGGCAGAGGUUCCCAGUGUAAGCAUGCAGAAAUUAACCUUACGUCCAGCUGCUGAUCAACAAAAAGAGUCUGUAAAACCUAAAACAUUACAAAAAUCAGGAAAAGCAGAGAAAGAUAAACAUCAAGCGGUUCAACUGCAACAGGUACAGACAAAAGCCCCAAAUCUCCGAAAAAAGGUUUUGGGUCAAGAAGCUACAGUGACAGAGGAAGCUGAAGCCAAACUGGUUGUUUCAGAGCUCCAUGAUAGAGAGGACCAUGAGAGAAUAAUGAUUGAAACAACUUCAAGAGUCACCACCUCAACCGAGGGCUCAUCUGAACUCAGUCAGCAGUUUACAGUCGGUGAGAAACUCAUACAGACCAGCAGCUCUGAAGUUCAGCAGGAGAGAGAAAUGAAGACAAGUGUCACCAAAAAGAUGGUAAAGGCAUUGCCAAAGAAGAACGAAGAACAAGAAGCAGUGAGGCUGAAACCUUUUGAGAACUCUCAUAAAGUAGAAAAAAAGACAUUAAAAGAGUCAAAGCAAGUGGUUCAAGCAAAGACUGAAUACAAGCAUAGUUCUUUUAAAACUGGUCUUUCGCCAUGCUUAGAUCAACCCCCCACUGCAAUUGAAAACACCAACAGUUCUGAUGCACUUGGAACCAGUCUAGACACAUCUAAGGAUGUCGACAAGUCCCAGUUAGUUCUACAGCCAAAGAAAAGCCUUGAUCAGACACUUACGGGGGAAGAAACUAAAGCAGCUAACCUGGAGCUUCUUCACGAAGAGCACAAUGUUGUUUUCAUGACUGAAAAGCUAGGAGAGCAGGUUGUAGUGAAGCCUUUUACUACGGUCACAGAAACAGAAAAAGUGUCUGAGAAGAACCAUAAAACCAGUGGAACAGAUGUACCAGAUCACUUACCAAGAGCUGAAGAUGCUGCACCCCUGCAGGAGCCUCGAGAUGUCCAAAAGACAGCAGAGUGUCAAAAAGAGGAAGACACAUCUCUGAGAACAGUAGGCACUAAGGUUCCAGACCCUACAGCCCGUCCUUCAAGACAGAAAGACACGACCACAGAAAAAGACUCAAAUGGAGAUUUCCAAAAAUCAGAGACUAAUACUUUUGAGAAGCUGGAAAAUGUUGAGCAAGAGAAACUCAAAUCUUCUACUUUUAAUAAGUAUCAGCCAAAAGACUUGGAUCAUGUCCCCACUGAUGAGAGGGUGGAGCCAAAACGUGUUGAAGGGCUUUCCAAGUCUGCUUCACCCAAGUCUGCUUCACCUAAAUCUGCUUCACCCAAGUCUGCUUCACCCAAGUCUGCUUCACCCAAGUCUGCUUCACCUAAAUCUGCUUCACCCAAGUCUGCUUCACCUAAAUCUGCUUCACCCAAGUCUGCUUCACCCAAGUCUGCUUCACUCGGCAAUGUUUCUAUGAAGUUCCAAGGAGAGGAAGCUCCAGGUCUCCAGAAGAUCUCUGUGGCCACAGAGGUUUCCCCAAAAGCAGUGGAGAUAAGCCGAGUGUUGACUCAGCCAGAGGAGGAAGUGGACAAGCUAAAGGGUGAGGAGCAAGAGUGUGAGGAAGAAGAGGUGUGGGGCUGGGACCUGGUUCCCUCAGAGGAUUGGGAAGGGGAAAGUGAGGAUGGGGUCAUCCAAACCCCCGGCAUGCCUGGUCCAAAAAGAGAGGGAAAGCCUUCAGAAGAGCCGCCAAAAGGCAGAGGCAGAGGAUUUGGCGCGAGGCAAACUCCAUCUCCUGGAGAUGGUGGCAGGGGACGGGGCCAAAGGCCGGGUGGAAAAGGCCCUUCACCGCCAGAGGAGCCAAUUAAGUUUGCAUUGAAACCUGUGCCUCUGAAGUUCACCAAGAAGCUUAAAGACAUCGUGUUGCAGGAGGCUGAGUCUAUAGGCUCUUCUGCUGUGUUUGAGUGUGAGGUGUCUCCUUCCACCGCCAUCACUUCCUGGAUGAAAGAUGGCACCAACUUGCGUGAAAGUCCCAAGCACAAAUUUACAUCUGACGGCAAAGAUCGCAAGUUGAACAUCAUUGAUGUCCAGCUUUCGGACACUGGUGAAUAUACCUGUGUGGCCAAGAAUGCUGGCAAAGAGAUAUCGUGCACUGCCAAGCUAAUAGUUGAAGAGCUGCCAGUGAAAUGGGUAAAAGAACUGGAACCAGAGACGUCAUGCAUGAAGGGUCAGCCAAUGUACCUGACCUGCGAGCUGAACAAAGAGAGAGAUGUCAUCUGGAAGCGUAACGGUGAACUCCUUAAGAAAAAGGCUGGAAAAGUGGCCAUUAACAUAAUUGGCAUGCAGCACGCUGUGACAAUCCAGAACUCCACAGAGGAGGAUGCUGGGAAAUAUACCUGCGAGGUGGACGGCCAGGAAGAUGUCAAGACAACAACCGAUGUGAAAGUAAUUGAGAUCAUCAAAGACUGGCUUGUGAAGCCUCUGAGGGAUCAGCAUGUGAAGCCAAAGGCUAAAGCCACGUUCAAAUGUGAGCUGUUCAAAGACACUCCCAACUGGAAAUGGUUUAAAGGAGAAAACGAGCUCACUCCUUCUGACAAAGUAGAGAUCAAAAAAGACGGAAAAGAUGUGGCUCUCACUAUCAAUAACUGCCAGCCUGAUGAUGUAGCAGACUACACCAUAGAGGUUGAAGAUCGUAAAUACACCGCCAAACUCACGCUUGGAGAACGUGAGGCUGAGAUCCUGAAACCGCUUUCCAGUGUGGAGGUUGUUGAGAAGGAAGAGGCCAAGUUUGAAACUGAAAUAUCUGAGGAGGAUGUUGUUGGGGAAUGGAAACUGAGAGGCCAAGUUCUGACAAGAUCUCCAACGUGUGACAUCAAAGCUCAGGAAAGAAAACGUUUCCUCACCCUAAAGAACGUGCAGCUGGACCAGGCCGGGGAAGUGUCGUAUCAAGCUCUGAAUGCUGUCACCAGUGCCAUGCUCACCGUCAAAGAAAUCGAAAUGGGCUUUGUUGAGGUGUUGAAGGACGUUUCUGUGCCUGAGAAGAAACAGGCUAAGUUUGAAUGCACAGUCACCAAGGAGGUUCCAAAGGUCAUGUGGUUCAAGGGGGUAGAGGUUGUCACCCCAAGUCCUAAGUAUGAAAUAAUAGAUGAUGGACAGAAACACAUGCUGGUCAUCAACAGCUGUGCAUUUGAAGAUGAAGCUGAGUACACAAUAGAGGUUUUGGGGCAAAGAUCCACAGCCCAGCUGAGGGUGGAAGGCAUGAGGCUCAGUUUCGUUCAGUCACUUCAGGACCAAACGGUGAAGGAAGGUAACACUGUUCGCUUUGAUCUGGAGCUGAGUCAUGAGAACGUGCCGGUCGUUUGGUACCGAAACGAGGUCAAACUCCAUGUGAGUCGAACGGUUCUCACCUAUACGGAAGGAAGGAGGCACACUCUAGAAAUGAGGUCAUUGUCUCUAGAUGACACCUGCCAGAUAAAGGCAGAGGCCAAAGGAUUUUACUCCACAGCCAAACUGACCGUCAUAGAGGGCGACGCUGUCUUUGUGGUGAAGCUGCAGGAUUACACUGCCACCGAAAAGGAAGAACUGACAUUGCAGUGCGAACUCAGCAAAGACGUCCCCGUCAUGUGGUACCACGACAAAAAGGAACUGAUUGCCUCCAAGACGGUGGCCAUAAGGUCAGAGGGCACCAGCAGGUCUCUGGUUCUGAAGAAAGUGUCGCAGAGCAACCAAGGCUGUUAUGAAUGUGACUGUGGCACGGACAAGACGUCAGCCAACAUCACCGUGGAAGCACGAGAUGUUAAAGUUGUCCGGCCGAUUUACGGCGUGGAGCUGUUUGACGGAGAGACGGCUCGUUUUGAAGCGGAGAUAUCUGAGGACGACGUCCACGGUCAGUGGAAGCUGAACGGAAACGUGCUCGGCCCUACAGCGGAUGUUGAUAUCAUCGAGGAGGGAGGCAAGCAUACACUGAUCCUCUACAACUGUAAAGUCUCCAUGACGGGUGAGGUGACGUACGCUGCUGCCAACGCCAAGUGCUCCGCCAACCUGAGAGUCAAAGAACUUCCUCUGAACUUCCUCACUCCAAUGAGUGACGUUCAAGUGUACGAGAAGGACGAUGCCAAGUUCGAGGUGGAGGUUUCCAGGGUGCCUAAGAGCUUCCGUUGGCUGAAGGGCUCACAAGAACUGCAGAGCGACGAUAAGUAUGAGAUUUUGCAGGAGGGAAAGAUAUUCGCUCUGGUUAUCCGAUCAGCCGCCUACGACGACGAGGCCAAGUACAUGUUUGAGGCCGAGGACAAGAGAACGGCCGGGAAACUCGUCAUCCAAGGUAUUCGGCUGGAGUUUGUCAAACCAAUCAAGGAUGUCACGGUUAAAGAGCGGGAAACGGCAGAGUUCAGCUUAGAGCUGUCCCACGACAACAUCGCCGUGGUGUGGUACAAAAACGACAUCCGCCUGCAUCCCAGCAAGGUCGUCCACAUGUCAGUCAACGGAAAGAUCCACACGCUGGCCUUUAAGGAAGUCACUAUUGAUGACACGUCCAUGAUCAAAGUGGAGGUUGGGGAUAAGAGCGCGACAGCCAUGCUGACAGUUAUCGAGGGCGACCUGUAUUUCACCACCAAGCUGCAGAACUACACAGCCGUGGAAAAGGAUGAAGUGCAGCUGGUGUGUGAACUGAGUAAAGCCAUCGCUGAUGUCAAAUGGUUUAAGGAUGGGAAGGAAAUCACUCCGUCCAAGAACAUUACCAUCAGCACUGAUGGCAAGAAACGCAUCCUGACGGUGCGCAAGGCAGAGAAGGCCAACAUUGGAGUUUACACCUGUGACUGUGGCUCAGACAAGACCACUGCAAACAUCAACAUCGAAGAGCGGGACAUCAAAGUGGUUCGGCCUCUGUACAGCGUCGAGGUCACAGAAACUGAAUCGGCGAAGUUUGAGACAGAGAUUUCAGAGGAGGACGUCCACGGGAACUGGAAGCUGAAAGGGGAAUCCCUGCACCAGUCCGCUGACGUGGAGAUCAAGGAGGAAGGAACCAAACACAUGCUGAUACUCUACAACGUCCGCAUGGACAUGGCUGGAACUGUGGACUUCUCGGCAGCCAACGCCAAAUCCAAUGCUCAGCUCAGGGUCAAAGCUCGGUCCAUAACGCUCAGCCGUCCUCUGAAGGACGUGACGGUGACGGCUGGGGAGACCGCCACCUUCGAGUGCGAGUUGUCCUAUGACGGCAUUGCGGUGGAGUGGUUCCUGGGAGCCCAGAAGAUGGAGGCCAGUGAUCGGGUGAAGACUCGGGUGGCGGGUAAAGUCCACACUCUGACGCUGCGAGACGUGAAGCUGGUGGAGGCCGGUGAGGUCAAACUGACAGCCAAAGACUUCCAGACUCAGGCUCAGCUUCUUGUCAGAGAGCCUCCGGUUGAGUUCACAAAGCCUCUGGAGGAUCAGACUGUGGAGGAAGAGGCCAAAGCUACACUUGAGUGUGAAGUUUCCAGAGAGAAUGCAGAAGUUCGCUGGUUCAGAGAGGGUCAGGAGAUCCGGAAGACCAAGAAAUAUGACUUGAUUGCUGACGGCCGCAAAAGAGGCCUCGUCAUACACGACUGCUCUCCUGAUGACGCCAAGCUGUACACAUGUGACGCUAAGGAGUUUAAGACUUCCUGUUUCCUGGAGGUUACGCCUCCUUAUGUGGAGUUUACAAAACCUCUACAGGAUGUGGAGGUCAGAGAAAAAGAAUCAGCUAAGUUUGAAUGUGAAGUAUCUCGAGAGUCUGCCAAGGUUUCCUGGUUUAAGGAUGGCAGUGAGAUCCGGAAAGGAAAGAAGUAUGAGAUUGUUGCAAAGGGAGUCCAGAGAAUCCUUAUAAUUCACAAGUCCGUGUUCGACGAUGAGGCUGAGUAUGAAUGCGAUGCCAGAACCUCCAAAACCUCCGGCAUUCUCACUGUGAUCGAGGAAGCUGCCAGGUUUACGAAGAACCUGUCCAAUGUGGAGGGAACCGAGACGGACAUUGUGAAGAUGAUAUGCGAAGUGUCAAAGGCCGAUGCUGAAGUUAGCUGGUACAAAGGGGACGAGGAGCUCCCAGAGGGAGGUCGCUACGACCAGAUUGUUGAAGGGCGGAAGAGGAUCUUGAUCAUCCACGACCUGAAGAUGGAGGAUUCUGGGGAGUACAACUGCAGGCUGAGUGAGGCUGCCAGGACGUCUGCGCUGCUCAAAAUCAAUGAGCUCGCUGCUGAGUUCAUUGCUCGUCCCCAAAACCAGGAGGUGGUGGAGGGUGAGAAGGCAGAGUUUGCCUGCUCAGUGUCCAAAGACACGUAUGAAGUGAGGUGGUUCGUGGGGGAUAAAGAGAUCCAAGCUGGGGACAAAUACGCCAUCAUCAGUGAAGGAAAGAGGAGGGCUCUUAUUGUCAAAAGCUGCAGUCUGAAGGAUGAGGGGGACUAUGUGGCCCACAUUGGUAGCAUUAAGGCCUCCGCUAAUCUCUUGGUGAUAGAAAAACUGAGGAUUAUCACACCAAUUAAAGACGCAGAAGUGAAAGAAGGAAGUGAGAUUGUCUUCAACUGUGAGACAAACACAGAGGGAGCAAAAGCCAAGUGGCUGAAAAAUGAAGAGACCAUUUUUGAGAGCAGCAAGUACAUGAUAUCUCAGAGAGACAACGUCUUCUCUCUGAGGAUCAAAGAUGCCCAGAAAGGAGAUGAGGCCAGCUACACCAUCAGUCUCACCAAUCACAGAGGAGAACAUGCCAAGUGCACCGCCAGUGCCAAAGUGGCAGAAGAGAAACUUAAAUUCAUGGAGCCCAUUGAAGACAUUGAAACUCAAGAGAAGAAGACAAUCAGCUUUGUUUGUAAGGUCAAUCGGCCCGAUGUGACCGUGAAGUGGUUGAAGGCUGGCGAGGAGGUCAAGCUCAGUAAACGCUUGGUAUACAGAACCGAUGGCCUCAAACACACUCUGACCAUCAAGGAUUGUGUCAUGGAAGAUGAGGGCGAAUACACUGCUGUUGUCGGAGAGAGCAAGUGCUCUGCAGAGUUGAUCAUCAGUGAGGCACCAACUGACUUUUCAACACAGCUGAAAGACCAGACCAUCACAGAGUUUGAAGAUGCAGAGUUCAUUUGCAAGCUAAGCAAGGAGAAGGCUGCCGUGAAAUGGUACAGGAAUGGACGAGAGAUCCGAGAAGGACCCAGAUAUCACAUGGAAAAAGAUGGCAAGACAUGUAGGCUGAUUAUUAAGGUGUGCAGGCCUGAUGAUGAAUGUGAAUAUGCCUGUGGCUUGGAAGAAAGGAGGUCGAGAGCAAGACUCUUUGUUGAAGAGACCCCAGUGGAGAUUGUCAGACCUCCGAAGGACAUGUUUGAGCCUCCAGGCUCAGAUGUUGUAUUUGAAGUGGAGCUCAAUAAGGACCGAGUGGAAGUCAAGUGGAUGAGAAACAACAUGAUCAUUGUCCAAGGGGACAAGUACCAGAUGAUUAGCGAAGGAAAGAUCCACAGGCUACAAGUUUGUGAGAUCAGACCUAGAGAUCAAGGAGAGUACAGGAUCGUGGCCAAAGAUAAAGACGCCCGAGCCAAACUGGAGCUGGCAGCCAUUCCAAAGAUCAAAACCACUGACCAGAACCUGGUGACAGAUGCUGGGAAACCCUUUGUCAUGAGCGUGCCCUACGAUGCCUACCCACGGGCCAAUGCCGAAUGGUUCCUACAGGAUAACAGUCUGGCUGUUCAGAACAUUGACACCUCCUUGGACAGGACUGAGUACCGCCUAAAGAGUCCCUGCAAGGAGGACCAGGGCAGAUAUAGAAUAAUCAUCAAAAACAAGUACGGAGAGGGAGAAGCUAUCAUCAAUCUGGAAGUGAUUGAUGUUCCUGGACCUAUCAAGAACCUGAGAGUUGUAGACACAGCAGACAAUGAAGUCAGUUUAGCCUGGGAUGAGCCUGAGAGUGAUGGGGGCAGCAAGAUUGUAUCCUACGUUGUUGAAAGACGUGAUGUCAAGCGUAAAACUUGGACCGUGGCAACGGAUCGUGCAGAUACUCCAGAGUACUGUGUCAGUGGCCUGCAGAAGGAAUCCAUGUACCUUUUCAGGGUUUGUGCUCGAAACAGAGUUGGGAGUGGACCAAGUGUCGCCACUGAGGAUGCUGUUCAGCCCAAAAACAAAUUUGAUGUCCCAGAUGCUCCAGAGAACGUUGCCAUUGGCGUGGUGAACAGGUUUGGCGCCACUGUAGCCUGGGAACCUCCCUCGUUUGACGGUGGAUCAGACAUCACAGCCUAUGUGAUUGAACUCCGCGACAGGACAUCUGUGAAGUGGGAGGCAGCAUUGGUUUGCAGUGCCAAUGACCGCUCUGCCACACUGAACGAUGUGGUGGAGCACAAGGAAUACAUCUUUAGAGUCCGAGCUGAAAACAAGGCUGGCAUUGGCAGGCCCAGUGCUGCUACCAACCCCGUGAAGAUCAUGGAUCCCAUAGAGAGGCCAAGCCCACCUCUGAACUUAAACUUCAGUGAUCAAACAAAAUCAGCAGUCACUCUGACCUGGGAGACGCCUCUGAGCAACGGUGGCAGUAUGAUCACUGGCUACAUUGUUCAGAAAUGUGAUGAGGGUACCGACAAGUGGUUACGCUGCAACGCUAGACUGUGUCCUGACCUUUCCUACCGGGUGUCUGGACUGAAGCCUGGUCAAAAAUAUCUCUACAGAGUUUGUGCUGAGAACGCAGCUGGAGUUUCAGAUCCAACCGAACAGCUUGGACCACUGCUUGCUGAUGACCCACAUGUUGGUCCGACUUUGGAUCUGAGUGGAUUCAGAAAUGGUUUGGAGGUCAUCGUCCCUCAGCCUCUAACAAUCAGAGUUCCCAUUACUGGGUACCCAACCCCUACCGCUAAGUGGAUGUUUGGCGAAACAGAACUGACCACAUCGGAUGAGCGCGUGGCUAUGGUGACCAAACCCACAUUCACAGAACUGACCAUCUCCCCGAGUGUCCGCCCAGACAAAGGGACCUACACCCUACACCUGCAGAAUGAUGUGUCAUCGGUGUCUGGAGAGAUCGAAGUCAACGUCAUUGCCUGCCCCAGUGCACCAAAGGACUUCAAGGUGGCAGAAGUAACACGGCACCAUGUUCAUUUGAUGUGGGAGCCUCCGGAACACGAUGGAGGAAGUCCAGUCACACAUUAUCAGAUUGAGAAGAGAGAGGCUUCCCGCAAGACCUGGGCCAAGGUGGCAACCAAUGUGAUGGACCUGGAGCAUUCAGUAACUGAUGUUCUUGAAGGAAAAGAGUAUCUGUUCAGUGUCACAGCCUGCAACAAGUGUGGACCUGGAGAACCAGCAUACAUGGAUGAUCCUGUCAAUGUCUCCUCCCCUGCCACUGUACCUGAUCCACCUGAAAACCUCAAGUGGCGUGACAAGAGUGCCAAGAGCAUCUUCCUGUCCUGGGAGCCUCCCAAGUAUGAUGGAGGUGCAAACAUUAAAGGAUAUGUGGUGGACAAGUGCCAGCGUGGAACAGACAAGUGGGAACCUUGUGGUGAUCCCAUCCCUGAACUGAAAUUCCAAGUGACCGGCCUAGUUGAGGGCCAGUGGUACGCCUACAGAGUGAGAGCUCUCAAUAAGCUGGGGGCAAGCAGACCAUGCAGAGCAACGGAUGAGAUCCAAGCAGUGGAUUCAAGAGAUCCUCCAGAAAUCCAGCUGGACGUGAAGCUGCUGGCCGGUCUGACCGCUAGAGCCGGUUCCAAGAUUGAGCUUCCUGCAGAUGUCAAAGGAAAGCCAGAUCCCAGAGUGAAGUGGACGAAGGCCGAUCUGGUUUUGCGAGCCGAUGACCGUGUUGCCAUCGACUGCCAGCCAGGGCACUCGAAACUUUCCAUCAGCAACACCACCAGAGGAGACACUGCAACCUACAUCAUUGAGGCCGUCAACAUCUGUGGGCGUGCUACUGCCACCAUUGAUGUCAACAUCCUUGACAAGCCUGGGCCUCCAGCUGCUUUUGAUAUCUCGGAGAUCACAAAUGAAUCCUGUGCCCUUGCCUGGAACCCCCCCAGAGACGACGGUGGCUCCCCCAUUACCAAUUACAUUGUGGAGUGCAAACAAACAGAUAAAGAAGAGUGGGUCAAGCUGUCUGCCACAGUGAAGAACACCACCUUUAAAGCUUGCAAGCUCACACCUUUAAAAGAGUACAUAUUUAGAAUCAGUGCUGAGAACCAGUUUGGCAUUGGCACACCUGCAGAGCACACACCCAUCAUUGCAAAGUAUUCAUUUGAUCCCCCAGGUCCUCCAUCCAGAGUCACCCCCUCUGACAUUGCCAAGGAUGCAGUGACUCUCUCCUGGUUCGAGCCAGAUGAGGAUGGUGGCAGUCCUAUCACUGGAUAUUGGGUUGAGAAGUUUGAUCCAGAGAGCGACAAGUGGAUUCGAUGCAACAAAUUACCAGUCAAAGACACAACUUUCAGGGUGAAAGGACUUCCAACCAAGAAAAAGUAUCGCUUCCGUGUCCUGGCAGAGAAUUUGGCUGGUCCAGGAAAACCAAGUGUAGAGACGGAUCCUGUUCUUAUCAAGGAUCCUAUUGAUCCUCCUUGGGCACCUGGUAAACCUGUUGUCAGAGAGAUCGGCAAGACCUCUGCCUUGCUGACAUGGACACGGCCAGAGCACGAUGGUGGAGCUAAGAUUGAGGGCUACAUUAUUGAGUUCCAGAAGACUGGAAGCGAGGAAUGGAUCCACAUUGCUGAAGAUGUUCCUCAAACAGAGCAGCAGCUGCAGGGUCUGAUGGAGAAGCAGGAGUACUCAUUUAGGGUCAAAGCUGUCAACAAGGCUGGUGAGAGUGAACCUAGUGAGCCCAGUGACCCGGUGGUGUGCAAAGAGAGACUUUACCCUCCAUCUGCACCGCAGUGGUUGGAGGUGACCAACAUUACUAAGAUUAAUGCUGAUCUGAAGUGGCAAGCUCCAAGCAGUGAUGGAGGCUCACCCAUUACCAACUACGUUGUGGAGAAGAGGGACGUGAGAAGGAAAGCAUGGCAAACUGUGGACACAACGGUCAAGGAGCUGAAGUACUCGGUAACUCCACUCAAUGAGGGCUCUCUGUACGUCUUCCGGGUUGCAGCAGAGAACGCCGUUGGCAUGAGCGAAUUCUGUGUGCUGGAGGACGCAGUGCUCGCCAAAGACACAUUCACAACUCCUGGACCUCCAUAUGCCCUGACCGUGGUGGAAGUCACAAAGAGACAUGUGGAGCUGAAAUGGGAACCUCCCAAGAGCGACGGUGGAAGACCCAUCACCAAGUAUGUGAUAGAGAAGAAAGAAAAGCUUGGAACACGUUGGUUGAAGUGCUGCAAAACUCCAGACAAGCAGACUCAGUUCAAAGUGACAGACGUGGAUGAAGGAUCAGAGGUGCAGUUCCAGGUGCGAGCAGAGAAUGAAGCUGGAGUUGGAGAUCCGAGUGAACCCACUGUGACCCUCACCAUUGAAGACGCAACCAGCCCCCCAUCUCCUCCUCUGGAAGUGGCUGUUGUAGAUGCCAGCAGGGAACAUAUUAACGUCUCCUGGAAGCCCCCAGCAAAGGACGGCGGCUGCCCAGUGACUGGAUACCAUGUGGAGGUGGCAGAGGCCCGUCCAGAGCUCAAGUGGCUAAGAGUCAACAGCAGACCAGUAAAGGAGCUCCAAUUCAGGAUUGAUGACGGAAUCAAACCCGAGAAGAAGUAUGUGAUCAGAAUUCGAGCCAUCAAUGUCAUUGGAGUUAGCGAUCCCUCUGAGAUCUCCGACAAAGUGGCUACCAAGGACCCUCACUGUGCUCCAACCAUGGAUUUGGAGGCACAGGAUGUGGUUGUGGUUGAGGGUGAGAAGCUGCACUUGAACAUCCCCUACAAGGCUAUUCCUACACCAAAGAUGGUUUGGCUGAAGGACUCAGUGGAGUGUAAGGCAGAGGAAAGGCUGUCUAUGACUGUAGAGAUGAACAGUGCUCACCUUGAACUGCUGAAGUGCACACGAGCUGAUGCUGGUUCCUACACAAUUACAUUGGAGAACAGUCUGGGGACUGCUACUGGGACUCUAAAUGUCAAAGUCAUUGGACUCCCUGGCAAAUGUAAAGACAUUUCCUCCAGUGAUGUCACCAAGAACUCCUGUACGAUCAGCUGGGUAGCCCCAGAAGAUGACGGUGGCACCCCCAUUGUCAGUUACACCCUGGAGCGCCGUGAGGCCUCCAAGAAAACCUACAUGCCUGUCAUGUCAGGAGAGGAUGUCCUGACAUACACAGUCAAAGAACUUUAUAUGAACUGCGAGUACUACUUUAGAGUAAAGGCUGUGAACAAGGUCGGGGCUGGUGAUUACCUGGAGCUGCAAAACCCAGUGUUAACAGAGGAAAUCAAACAGAAACCAGACCCACCCAUCCAAGUAGAGGCUCACGAUCCCACCUGUAAAUCCAUCACAGUCACAUGGAAGGCUCCAGACUAUGACGGUGGCUGUCCCAUCCAGGGCUAUGUUGUGGAAAAGAUUGAGAAGGAUGGAAACAGCUAUGAGAAGGUCACUCCAAGCUUGGUACCUGGUUACUCCUAUGUGGUAACGGGCCUGAAAGAGGAAACGGAGUACCAAUUUAGAGUCCGCGCUGAGAAUGCUGCAGGAGUUAGUGAGCCAUCACGCAGCACGCCACUCAUCAAGGCUGCAGAUCCUGUUGAAAAACCAACGGUUUCUCUACAUAGCCGUGUGCAAUCUGGUGUAUGCGUCAAGAAGGGUGAGGAAAUACGCAUUGACGCUUAUAUCUCUGGGUCUCCAUACCCAAAAGUCACCUGGUUAAGGAAUGACGAGGAUGUCACCAAAGAGCCCGUUAAGAAGGUUAUUCCUGUUCUCGUAAAGAAGAAGACCAAGUCCAAGGUCCCAGAACCAGAGCAAGAGUUUGUGACCCCCCUGCAUGAGCGUCUUGGUCUGGAUCAGACCAAGAAGGGCCAGUCUGCACUGAUGAUCCGUGAGGCUGUCAGAGCAGAUCAUGGCAACUUCACCAUCAAGGUGGAAAACACUCAUGGCGUUGCCACCACCACCUGCAAUGUCAAUGUCUUGGACAAACCCGGCCCUCCCAUCAACUUUUCAUUUGACGAGAUCAGGAACACUUCAGUCGUGUGUAACUGGGAGCCUCCCGAGGACGACGGAGGCAGCGAGAUCCUGAACUACAUUCUGGAGAAGAAGGACAACAAGAACGAUGAGAUUGGUUGGAUCACAGUCACCUCCACCCUCAAGGGAACCAGCUUUCCUGUCACCAAGCUGAUUGAAGGGAAGGAGUACAUCUUCAGGGUUACUGCGGAGAACAAAUACGGCUGUGGCCUUCCCUGCAUCUCAGAGCCGCUCCUUGCAAAAAAUCAGUUUAAUCCUCCUGAUGCUCCCAACACACCCAGAGUCCAUGAGGUCACAGCGAGCACGGCCCGCAUCUCCUGGCAUGAGCCCAAGGACAACGGCAGCCCCAUUCUCGGCUACUGGAUCGAGAGGAAGGAAGUGAACAGCAAACACUGGACCCGGGUCAACCGGGCCCUCCUCAGCUCUCUGGAUGUGAAGGUCACCGGGUUAAUGGAAGGGCUGACUUAUAUCUUCAGAGUUUGUGCAGAAAACUUGGCGGGACCCGGACCGUUCAGUGAACCCAGCGACCGCAUCGUAGCCAUGGAUGCCAUUCUUCCUCCUGGUCCCCCAACUCCAUGGGUUGUGGACACCGGAAAUACCACUGUUACCUUGGCCUGGAAGCCCCCUCUGUACAACGGGGGAGGGGACAUUUUGGGAUACCAUGUUGAAAAGGUUUUGGCUGGAAACAAGGACUGGAGCCGGUGCACAGAGUUCCGGUGUAAGGAACUCACGUACACGGUCACAGACCUCACUGAAGGAGCAGACUAUUACUUCCGAGUGGUUGCUGUUAAUGAUGCCGGACCUGGAGCUCCUGGUACUACAGAACCGGUCACAGUCAAAGAGCCUCAAGAACCUCCUGCGGUUGAAUUUGAUGACUCAGUCAAGAAUGGCCUCAUACUCAAAGCCGGAGAUCUUCUCAAACUUCCUGCUGUCGUGACGGGCCGACCUCAACCAGAGGUCAAAUGGACCAAAGAUGAGUCUGAAGUUGACAAGGAGAGGAUGAUAAUUGAGACCGAGGGCAAAAACAGCCUGCUUUUGAUCAAGAAGGUGGUGAGAGCAGACCAUGGAAAGUACCAAAUCACUGGCACCAACAGCAGUGGAUCCAAGACUGCAGAGACACGGGUGGACGUCAUGGAUGUCCCUGGAGCAGUGGUUGACCUGAAGACAGUCUUGGUGACCAAGAAGAACAUCGUCCUGACAUGGUCCGAUCCUCUGGACAAUGGAGGCAGUGACAUCAUUGGCUAUGAGGUGCUGAGGAAAGACUCCAAGAUGAAGCUUUUCCGUCAGCCCAUAGAGACGGCAUCCUGCAAGUGUGACAUCCAAGGCCUGCUGGCCGGGGAGGAGUAUGACUUUAGAGUCGUUGCCAGAAACAAGUUUGGUGAUGGAGCUCCAGCAGACCUGGGUCCAAUUUUAGCUGAAGAUCCCAAAGGUACUCCAUCCGCCCCCGAGAAACUGCACUACACUGACAGAAGCAAGAACACCAUCACACUGGCCUGGUUACCUCCUCGCACUGACGGCGGCAGCCCCAUCAGGGGGUACUACGUUGAAAAGAUGAGGUCUGACAGCACAGAGUUUGACGUGGCCAAUCGAAAAAUCUUCACCGAGUGCUGUGGAACUAUUGAAAACCUCUCAGAGGGGCAAGAGUACGAAUUCCGAGUGAAAGCGGUGAACGAGGUCGGAGAUGGAGAUCCCUCCAAGCCGAUCACCGCCAAAAUCCAGGAUGAUGAAAUUGCUCCAGUUAUUUCAAUAUUGAAGUUCUUCAAGAGCAACACCAUCACAGUGAGGAAAGGAGCCGCCAUUGACAUCCCAGCAGAGGUGCUCGGACUUCCACAGCCAUCGCUUCAGUGGAUGAAGGAUGACGUGACCAUUGAGAAAACGGAAGACGACAGACUGACGAUGGAGACUGAAGAGGUGAACCGUACAACCCAGAGGACAAAGAUUGCCAUUUCAGAAACCGUCAGACAGGACAAAGGAAACUACAAGCUGCUAGCUGAAAACUGUUAUGGCAAAGCUCUCCAUGUUAUAAAGGUCGAGGUCCUUGACCGUCCUCUUCCUCCAAGGAACAUCAAGGUCUCUGAGAUUACUGCAGUCUCAUGCUACCUGACAUGGGACGCCCCGGAGGACAAUGGGGGCAGUGAGAUCACCAACUACAUCGUGGAGUACAGAGAUGCAAGCAAAAAGAAAUCAGACUUUGAUGUUUUAACCAUCAAUCUGAUUGACCGACGCUAUGGGGUCUACAAACUGAACCUAAACGGAGUUUAUCAGUUCCGCCUCAAAGCUGAAAACAAGUAUGGGGUUAGCGAUGGCUGUGACUCAGAGAGGGUUCAACUGAAAGAUCCUUUCGGACUCCCUGGACCUCCACGUAACCCUAAAAUCAUUGCAGCCACAGCAACCACCAUGACCCUGACCUGGAAUCCACCUCUGGACAACGGGGGGUCAACCAUCCAGGGCUACUGGCUGGAGAAGAGGGAGCGUGGGGCUGUAUAUUGGGGUCGGGUCAACCGAUGUCCAGUCACCAAGCCUGCAGUGAAGGGCUUGCAGUACACAGUGCUGAAGCUCAUAGAAGGUACAGAGUACCAGUUCAGAAUCUCAGCUUCCAACGCUGCAGGAGUUGGACCACCCAGCGAGCCAACUGAGUGCCGUUUUGCCGUGGACCCCUGCAACCCUCCAAGCCCGCCAGGAGCCCCACAGGUUAAAGACAAGACCAAGAGCAGCAUCACCUUGACCUGGAGCCCCCCUGACAAAGACGGUGGCAGUCCAAUCAAAGGUUACAUCAUUGAGGUCCAUGAAGAGGGUUCUCCUGAAUGGAGAAAGGUGAACGCUGCAGACAAGCUCCACCCAUCCUGUGAAAUCACUGUCCCCGACCUAAAAGAAGGCAAGAAGUGCAAGUUCAGGAUUUAUGCAGUGAACGCUGCUGGCAACUCUGAGCCUGCCAAGACCGCUGACAUUCUGGUUCAGGAUAUCCUAAUUGAACCCACGGUGACCCUGGAUGUGAGCGCUCACGACCUGCUUUACUGCAGAGCAGGGACCGCCAUCAAAAUCCCGGUCACCGUCACCGGACGGCCUGUGCCCAAAGUCACAUGGACCUUUGUGGACGGAACCGCGGAGACCGAAAAGAAGAAUGAACUUCACACGCUGCCUGUUGACUCUGAGGUCCACUCAACAGAUACAUCCUCCAUGGUCGUGAUCCCCAAAGGCAAACUGAGCCACAGUGGCCGAUACAUCAUCAAUGCUGAAAGCCCUGCUGGACACAAAGUGGUCAAAGUUAGGCUCACUGUGCUUGACCUGCCUGGACCUCCCAGAGAUCUGAAGGUCAGUGAUGUGACGAGAGGCACCUGCAGACUCACCUGGAAGUCUCCAGAGAAUGAUGGAGGAGAGAGGGUCAAAAGCUACUACAUUGAGAAGAAGACAGUGGACGGCAAAGCCUGGACCAAGGUGAACCCGACGUGUGCUGCUCAGUCUUUGGUAGUCCCUGACCUGAUAGAGGGUCAGGAGUACCUGUUCCGCAUCCGUGCCGAGAAUCGCUUUGGGUUUGGACCCUUUGUGGAGACCAUCGAGAGGACCAAGGCCAGAGAUCCCAUUCAUCCUCCUGACCCCCCAACAAGGCUGAAGAUUCAGGGCAUUAGGAAGGGCACGGUGACUUUGACCUGGAAGGCUCCAAAGAACGACGGUGGUUCUCCCGUCACCCACUACAGCAUAGAUCUCCUUUGUUGGGAUUCCAGUGGCUCUCAGAAGGAGUCUUGGAGGAGGUGUAACCGGAGGGAUGUGGACACCACCCACUUCAAGGUAGAAGACCUUACAGACGGAGACGAGUAUGAAUUCAGGGUAAUAGCUUACAACGAAGUUGGACCCAGUCGACCUUCAUCCACUGCUGGACCGAUCACCAUCCAGGACCAGACCUGUGCUCCAUCCAUUGAGCUGAACGAGUUUAUGGAAACCGAGCAAGGCUGUGACAUUAGCAUUGUGGCCAAAAUCCGUGGAUGUCCAUUCCCGACUCUCACUUGGAACAAGGCACCCCCCCACCAGCCCGACAACAAGGCGGAGGUCCAAUACGACGAGCACAUCAACAAGAUCGUGUCAGACGACAGCUGCAUGCUGCUCAUCCAGCAGGGCAAACGCCACGACACAGGGCUGUACACGCUGGUGGCCUCCAACAGCCUCGGCAAGGCGUCCAAGGAGAUGAGACUCAAUGUGCUCGGUCGCCCUGGUCCUCCCUCUGCUCCAAUCAAAUUUGAAGAAAUUGGAGCUGAAAGGAUUACACUCUCAUGGCUGCCUCCCAAGGAUGAUGGUGGCUCUAAAAUCACAAAUUAUGUCAUUUGGAGAAGGGUCGCCAAUAGAAAGACCUGGGUGCCUGUCACCAAUGAGCCCAAAGAGCGGACUUGGACAGUAGAGAACCUUAUGCAAGGUCACGAAUACGUGUUUCGCAUCAUGGCACAGAACAAGUAUGGCGUAGGAGAACCUCUGGACAGUGCGCCUGAGAUCGCCAGAAACCUGUUCACGGUCCCAGGUCAGUGUGAAAAGCCAAAAGUAACCAACAUCACCAUGGACUCCAUGACCGUCAACUGGGAGGAGCCAGAGGAUGAUGGUGGCGCUCCGAUCACUGGCUUCUGGCUGGAGCGCAAAGAGACCACUGGCAAACGCUGGGCCCGUGUAACCCGGGACCCAAUCCGUCCCACGGGCCUUGGCGAGUCGUUUGUCGUUAGUGGGCUCGUUGAGGGAUCACAGUACCUGUUCAGAGUUUCUGCCAUCAAUGCAGCAGGACCUGGACUCACCAGCCCCCCAACAGAUCCCAUUUUUGCCAGAGACCCCAUCACCCCACCCUCUCCACCCACCCCAAGGGUUUCCGACUGGACAAGUUCCACAGUGGACCUUGAAUGGAUCCCACCUCUGAAGGACGGAGGCUCUAAGAUCAUUGGUUACUGGGUGGAACACAAGGAGGAGGGGACUGAGGCCUGGGUCAAGGCAAAAGACUCCAUAAUCCGAGGAACUCGUUUUGUAAUCACUGAUCUGAAAAAAGGUCAACAGUACAGGUUUAGAGUGACAGCUAUAAAUGCUGGUGGAACUGGAGAACCCGGAGAAGUCCCAGAGCUGCUUGAGGUUAACGACAGAACCAUUGCUCCUGAGGUUGAGCUGGAUGCUACAGUGAAGGAGAGGAUUGUGGUCCACGCUGGCGGUGUGAUCCGCAUCAUCGCCUAUGUAUCUGGCAGGCCGUCACCUGAGGUGACAUGGAGCAGAGACGGAGCAGCCCUCCCCCCUGAGGCUAAAGUGGAGACAACAGCCAUCAGCUCUUCACUUGUCAUUAAACCUUGUGUCAGGAGACAUCUUGGCAUCUACACACUGACUGCCAAGAAUGCUGGAGGGGUGAAAACCAAAAACAUCACAGCAGAAGUUCUAGAUGUACCUGGACCUGUGGGCAUCCCCUUUAUGGCUGACAACCUAAGCAUAGAUUCCUGCAAGCUCAGCUGGUUUUUCCCUGAAAAUGAUGGCGGCUCACCAAUCAGCAACUACAUAAUUGAAAAACGUGAGGCUGACCGCAAAGCCUGGACUUCCCUGUCUUACACUGCCAGCAGACAGAGUGCUGUUGCUCGUGGCCUGACUUUGGGAAAGGAAUACUUCUUCAGAGUGGCUGCAGAAAAUGCCAUCGGCAUCGGACCUUUUGUGGAAACUGCUGCUGAGCUCAUUAUCAAGGAGCCAAUUAGUGUACCCGAUCGUCCCGAGGAACUCGAAGUCACCAAAGUUACCAGAGAUUCAAUUAGUGUAACCUGGAAGGCACCAAAGUUUGAUGGAGGAUCGGAGAUCAUAAUGUACAUCCUGGAGGCUCGCAUGAUUGGCAAAGACAAGUUCAACAGACUGACCAAGGACAAGUUGAUGGAAAAGAAGUUUACAUAUGAUGGUCUGAGGGAGGGUGACACCUUUGAAUUCAGGGUGAUUGCUGUUAAUGAAGUUGGACCCAGCAAACCAUCAUUCUCUACAAAACCAAUCACUUGCAGGGAUGAACUGGAGCCACCAACAAUUGAGCUGGACUUCCGGGACAAGAUUGUCAUCCGUGUGGAGGAGAGCUGUCUGCUUCAGGGCCGCUACACUGGAAAACCUUCACCAACUAUCACCUGGUUCCGAGAUGAGGAUGAGCUGAAAGCUGACAAACAUGUGAUGUUCAAGAACACCCCGACCACUAUGUCACUGGGCCUGAUGAAGGCCAAGCGUGAGCACAGUGGCAAAUAUGUGGUGCUGGUGGAAAACAGCACCGGAUCUAGAAAGGGAGUCUGCAAUGUCACAGUUGUCGAUCGCCCAACUCCUCCUGUCGGCCCUGUGGUGUUUGAGGAGGUGCACAGGGACCAUAUGGUGGUCUCAUGGAAACCCCCACUGGACAGCGGAGGUGUAGAUGUUUCAAACUAUAUAAUAGAGAAAAGAGACAUUAACAGAGAAAUCUGGACCACAGUAACAUCUGCCACUACCAAGACAACUUGCAAGAUUCCUAAACUGACAGAAGGCAGAGAAUACAUCUUCAGAAUCUCUGCUGAGAAUAUGUAUGGAAUUAGUGACCCACUGGAGUCGGAGGAGAUGAAAGCCAAGGAUCUUUUCAGAGUCCCUGAAGCCCCUGAGAUGCCAACCGUCAGGGAGGUAUACGCUACCAACGCCCUGGUGUUGUGGAAUCGGCCUCGGGACGGAGGAAAACCUAUCCUCAACUACAUACUCGAAAAGAAGGAGCCUGGAGCAAAGCGAUGGUCAAGAGUCACCAGAGAAACCCUCUACCCGGCCACUCAGUACCGAGUUCAGGAUCUGGUGGAAGGCUGCGAGUAUGAAUUCAGAGUCAUGGCAGAGAAUGAACUUGGAGUUGGAGAUCCCAGUGUCCCCUCAAAACCCAUUCUUGCAAAAGAUCCAAUAGUUCUCCCCAGCCCUCCAGUGACCCCUGAGGCCUAUGAUAAAACCAAGGAUUCCGUCAGCCUGAAGUGGCAAAUGCCACGCCAUGAUGGAAAAGGACGGAUCUUUGGCUACAUCGUUGAAUACCAAAAACCUGGCUCAGUAGAGUGGACUCAAGCCAACCAGACCCCAGAGGAAUGUCCUGAUCUCCACUAUGUAGUGAAAGGUCUGGCUGAUGGCCAAGAGUAUACCUUCAGGAUCUUUACUGUCAAUGCUGCUGGAAGAUCUGACCCUGCUUAUGUGAAACAGAACAUCAAGGUUCAUGACAGACUCGAGGAACCAGAGUUACUACUCGAUGCUAACAUGGCACGUGACCACUUAGCCAUGGUUGGCACUGAUAUCACCCUUAGUGCCACAAUUAAGGGUGUACCGACUCCAACAGUAAGCUGGACCAAGAAUAAUGAAGCUGUUCCUGCUCACGUUUCUGUUGUAGUCACUGCUUCAGGCAGUAAAGUUUUUAUUCCUAAAUGUGUCCGUCCUGACUCUGGCAACUACACUGUCACAGUGGAAAAUCCUGCUGGAAAGAAAUCUGCAACUGUUGUAGUCCUUGUACUGAACAAGCCUUCUCCUCCCAGAGACCUAACAAUCUCAGAAGUGACAAGUGAGUCUGCAUACCUGACAUGGAAAGCGCCAGAGGACAACGGGGGUGCUGUUAUUUCUCAUUAUGUUGUGCAAAAGAAAGAUGUUGCUGCAGAACAGUGGGUGCCUGUUGCCCCAGCCAAUAAAAAGCUGAGUUUAAUGGCCAUGUACUUGAUGGAAGGCAUCCAGUAUUUAUUCAGAGUGGCUGCUGAGAACCAAUUUGGUAGGAGUGACUUUACUGUGACCAAGACACCGAUUAAGGCUCUUGAUCCUCUCUAUCCACCUGGCCCACCAAAGAACCUGCACCACACUGAUACAGAUAAGACAGAGGUUUGGUUGGCUUGGGAAUGGCCAGAUCGCACUGGUGGAAGUGAAAUUACUGGCUUCAUUGUGGAGUACCAAGAGGAAAGUCAGACUGACUGGACCACUUUCAAGACUGUUAGCAACAACCACGCCCAUGUAACAAGUUUAGUGGAGGGCAAAACUUACCGCUUCAGGGUUAAGUCUCAGAAUGCCAUAGGUGUGAGUCGCCCUGACACAAGUGUCCCAGUCACUUGCCAAGAGAAGACAUUGCCACCCACCAUUGAAGUUGAUGUGAAGCUCAUAGAAGGACUUGUAGUCAAAUCUGGCAGUACCAUCACUUUGCCAGCUAAGAUGAUGGGUAUACCACUUCCUACUGCUAAGUGGAUGAGCGAUGGCAAAGAUAUAACAAAUGAGGGCAGAUAUCACAUUGAAUCUGUUGAAUCCUCAACCGUUCUCCGUAUUUCUGACUGUCAGAGGGCAGACACUGGAGAGUAUGUCCUUACUGUUUCCAAUCCAGCCGGCAGUAAAACAGUUGCUCUUCAUGUCACUGUGUUGGAUUUACCAGGCCCACCAAUUGGGCCCAUAAAUAUCUUGGAAGUUACCCCAGAUCACAUGAUGAUUCAGUGGAGAGCACCAAAGGAUGAUGGUGGCACUCCUGUCACCAACUAUGUUGUGGAAAAGAAGGAUGUGAAGAAACCAUGGGAGCCCUGGUCUGUUGUUAGCUCAAGUGGCACCAGUACUAAAGCUAAGGUGUCAAGGUUGGAGAAGGGUCGUGAGUACAUAGUUCGUGUUCGUGCUGAGAACAAAAUUGGCAUUGGCGCUGGGCUUGAAAGUCCACCUACUAUUGCAAAACACUUGUUCAAUCCUCCUGGUCCCCCAGGUCCUCCAGAAUGUUCUGAUAUAACAGAAAAUGCUGUGACAUUAGAAUGGGCUGUACCUGAAUAUGAUGGAGGUAGCCCCAUCAGUGGCUAUGUGAUUGAACGCAGAGAAAUGACAGGAAAGUGGAUUCGUGUCAACAAAACUCCUGUACUGGACCUCAGAUAUAGGGUUUCUGGUCUAUUUGAAGGCAAUAUCUAUGAGUUUAGAGUAUUUGCUGAAAAUGUUGCUGGCAUUAGUGAACCUUCUCUGACCUCGGAUCCUGUCAAGGCAACUCGGGCUAUUACUAAACCCGGACCCCCAGGUAAUCCUAAACUCAAAGACUGGAGCAAAUCCUAUGCUGACAUCUGCUGGACAAAGCCUACAAGAGAUGGUGGCAGCCCAAUUCUUGGCUAUGUGGUUGAGGCUCAGAAGUCAGGAACAGCUCAGUGGAACAGAAUUAAUAAGGAUUUGAUAAAAAUGUGUGCUUACAGAGUGCCAGGUCUAGUUGAAGGAAUGGAGUACAGAAUACGCAUUAGAGCUGCCAACCAGGUUGGAGAGAGUGAACCCAGGGAAUUGGCUGAGACCAUCGUUGCAAAGGAUAUCCUGGUACCCCCUGAAGUUGUUGUCGAUGUAUCUUGCCGAGAUGCCUUGACAGUCAGAGCAGGCCAGAUUAUUAGUUUAAUCUGUAGAGUGAAAGGCCGACCAGAUCCAGAGAUUACAUGGACCAAGGAUGCCAGGGCCUUGUCAAGGGAUAAGCGUACAGAGAUUAAUAGCAGUUUCCCUCUUUGUGAGCUGGUCAUCAGUGAUGCUAUCCGGUCAGAUUAUGGAAAAUAUGCUAUUUGUGCCAAAAACAGCAGUGGACAAGCACAGGCAACUAUUGUGGUCAAUGUUUUGGACACACCUGGCCCUUGCCAAAAUCUAAAGACUGCCUAUGCAACCAAGAAAUCCUGCAUGGUAUCGUGGGAGAAUCCAGAAGAUAAUGGAGGUACAGAAAUUACACAGUACAUUAUUGAGUGCCGUCAGCCAAGCCAAAGAGGCUGGACUGUGGUCUCCAAUGACUGGACUAAGCGCCUGAUUAAGGCUCCUCUCACAGAAGGUUGUGAGUAUUUCUUUCGUGUUAGUGCAGAGAACAAAAUUGGUGCUGGGCCAUCAACUGAGACCAAAACACCUGUUUUGGCAGUUGAUCCAAUUGAGAAGCCUGGCGAACCAAUCGACUUACACAUUUCUGAAAUUGGCAAGACUUUCUGUUUCCUGAAGUGGAAAAAACCAGACAAUGAUGGUGGAAGUCGUAACAUAGGUUAUCAUAUAGAAAAGAAACCUAAAGAGGCAGAUGAAUGGGAGAGAAUUCACAAGGGUGCAAUCAAGGAAACUUACUUCAUGGCUGACAGGUGCAUUGAAAAUCAGAUUUACCAGUUUAGAGUUCAGACUAAAAAUGAGGGAGGAGAGAGUAACUGGGUGACCACACCAGAGGUAACAGUUAAAGAAUAUAUCGAAGAACCUACGAUCAAAAUUAAACUGGAAGGAGUGCUUACAGUAAGGGCAGGAGACUCCAUUGCCGUUGAAUCAACAGUGAAGGGUAAGCCUCAACCUGAUAUAAAAUGGACAAAAGAUGACAGUACUGAGGAGAUUAGAAAGAGCCCCAGGCUUCAGAUUGAGACUGGUGCAGACUUUUCUAAGAUUUUGCUCACUGGUGCUAAACGUACCGACAGUGGGAAAUAUUAUAUAACUGCUUCUAACAGUGCAGGAUCAUGCUCUGCUAAUGCUGUAGUCAAUGUUCUGGACAGACCUGGUCCCAUCAGGGAUCUUAAAAUUUCUGGUAUUACUGUUGACAGAUGCCAUCUAGCCUGGGAAAUCCCAGAGGAUGAUGGUGGCUGUGAUAUUUACAAUUAUAUCAUAGAAAAAUGUGAGACCAAAAGAGGGGUUUGGUCUGUACACUCUAACGCUGUCAUCACCAAUAAAGCUAAAGUAACUCGUCUUAUUGAGGGCAACGAGUACAUCUUUAGAGUUCGAGCUGAAAAUAAAAUGGGCCCAGGACCUGCGGUUCAGAGUGACGCAAUUGUUGCUGGUACCCAGUUUAAUGUACCUGAUGCUCCUGAAGUGCCUGAAGUAACUAAGAUUGGCAAGGAAGAAAUGACUGUGCAGUGGUCAGAGCCAGAAAAAGAUGGAGGAAAACCAAUCACAGGUUAUCUGUUAGAGAAGAAAGAAGAACAUGCCAUCAGAUGGACCCUUGUCAAUAAGGAUCCGAUUCCUGGAACUCGUUUCACAGUUACUGGACUUUUACCUCUCCAUGACUACCAGUACAGAGUAAAGGCCGUCAAUGAAAUUGGCAUCGGCAAUCCAAGCAAGGCAUCUCGUUCCAUCACAGCAAAAGAUACAGUUGAGCCUCCUGCACCACCAACUAAUUUAAAGGUUGUAGACAGUACCAAAUCCACAAUAACUCUUAGUUGGUCAAAGCCUGUCUCCGAUGGAGGAGCUCCAAUAAUUGGCUAUGUCGUAGAGAUGAGAACACAGGGGACUGCCAAGAAAGGAGAAGAUGGCUUCAAGAGGUGCAAUGUUGCAGCCCAACUUGUCGUCUGUGAAUUCACUGUCACAAGUCUGGAUGAGAAUCUUGUGUAUGAAUUCCGAGUGUCCGCCCAGAAUCAGGUGGGCAUGAGCCUGCCCUGUAAUCUAGAAAGUGCUGUCAUUCCAAAGGAAAUUCUUGAGGCACCCGAAAUUGAUUUGGAUGCCAGCCUGAAGCAGGGACUGACGGUUAGAGCUGGUUGUCCCAUAAGACUUUGUGCCACUAUCAGAGGGAGGCCGCCUCCCAAGGUCACAUGGAGGAGGAUGGGUGUUGACAAUGUUGUCAGGAAGGGUAAAAUUGAUAUUAUCGACACCAUGACCUUCUUGAUCAUUCCUGACAGCACUCGCGAUGACUCUGGCAAAUACUGCCUAACUCUGCAAAGCCCUGCUGGGGAAAAGGCUGUUUUUGUCAAUGUUAAAGUACUUGAUACUCCUGGACCUGUAAUGAAUCUUGAAGCUACAGACAUUAAACAGACAUCAGCCGUCUUAACUUGGAGUCCUCCAGAGAAUGAUGGCGGCAGUGAGAUAAAACACUUAAUUGUUGAAAAACGCGAGAUUGACCGCAAGACAUGGGCAAUGGUUAAGGCUGAGGUUCUGCCAGAUAAAAUUCCCUUCAAAGUCAGCGGCCUAAUACCUGGGACUGAAUACUAUUUUAGAGUCACAGCUGUCAAUGAGUAUGGCUCUGGUGUUCCCAAAAUGACACAAACCUCCUAUCUGGCCACUGAUCCUGUCAGUAAGCCAGACCCAUGUGUGAAGAUUGAAGUUUUAGAAAUAACAAAGAAUAGUGCCAUAGUUGGCUGGUUAAAGCCAGAAAGAGAUGGCGGUGCCAAAAUCGAUGGUUAUGUAAUUGAGUACAUUGAGAUAAAACCUCCUCCAGAGCCAGCAGUACCUGUUGAGGGCCCUGAUGCAGAGACAGCUCCUGCACCCCCUCCACCUUCUCAAAUAGAGGAAGAAGAAGAGACAGAGCCUGAAAAGGAAAUAUGGAAUGCCUACACUACAGUAAAAGGUCUAACAGUUAGUGUUAGUGGCCUUAAGGAGGGAAAGAAGUACAAGUUCAGAGUGGCUGCCAAAAACAGUAUGGGACUGAGUUCAUUCACUGAGACCAGGGAACCGACUGAGAUCAAGGAACAAAUGGUGGAGCCAAAGAUUGUUAUGCCAGAGACAGCCAGUGCUAAAGCUGGAGCCAAACUAAGAGUGGAGGCGCUGGUUUCAGGAAAACCCACCCCAGCCUGCAAGUGGAUGCGUGAUGAAAAUCAAGUGGUUCCGUCCAGUCGCCUGGCUGUACAUCAGUCUGCCAACUUAUGUGUGCUUAUCAUCAAAGACGUCUCAAGGACUGAUAGUGGAGAGUAUAGUCUUGUGGCUGAGAACAGUUCUGCAAAGGUGUCCCAGGCAAUAAAGAUUGUUAUCAGAGACAUCCCUGGUCCUCCUGAAGGUCCUGUGGAGAUAAGUGACAUUGAUUCUGAUGCUUGCUCCUUGUCCUGGAAUAAACCCCUGGAGGAUGGCGGAAGCAACAUUACAAACUACGUGGUUGAGAAAUGUGACAUUAGCAGAGGUGACUGGGUGACAGCAGUGUCGUCUUGUGCAAAGACCAGCUGCAGAUUGGGAAAACUCAUUCCGGGAAAAGAGUAUGUAUUCCGGAUCCGUGCUGAAAACCGCUUUGGUGUAUCAGACCCCAUUCAGUCUGACAGGAUGGUUGCCAGGUUUCCCUUUGAUGUCCCGAGUGAGCCUCUCAACUGUCGUAUUAACAAGACCAACAAAGACUGUAUGUUUGUUGCCUGGGAUAAGCCGGAGAGUGACGGUGGGAGUCCCAUCACUGGAUACUAUAUUGAGAGAAAGGAGAGGAACAGCCUUUUGUGGGUGAAGGCUAAUGACACUGUUGUGCGCACCACUGAGUACCCAUGUGCUGGCCUUAUAGAGGGCCUGGAAUACACUUUUAGAGUGUCUGCCAUCAACCGUGCAGGGCAAGGCAAGGCAAGCAAGAAGACUGACUUUGUAACUGCCAGGACUCCUGUUGACACUCCAGGGAAACCAGAAGUCCUAGAUGUAACCAAGAACUCUGUUACCUUGGUCUGGACCCGUCCCAAAAAUGAUGGCGGAAGCAAGAUCAUUGGCUAUUAUGUUGAAGCCAUGCGGCUGCCAGGAGACACUUGGAUUCGCUGCAACACCAGUAGUCAAAACGUUCCAAGGGAGGAAUAUACAGUCACUGGCCUUGAGCGAGACCUUCAGUACCAGUUCAGAGUCAUUGCCAAAACUGCUGUGAAUUUGAGCAAGCCCUCAGAAAGCACAGAACCCAUUCUAGUCUGUGCAGAGAAUGUUCCUCCAAGAGUUGAACUCAACACCAAGAUGGAGAAGGGCUUAAAAAUUAAAGCUGGAACCACAAUUGUUUUAGAGGCUGAUGUUUUUGGCAAACCGAUGCCCAGAGUAACUUGGAAGAGAAAUGAUGAUAACUUGAAAUCUGGUGAAGGUCAGCUAAUCACACAACAGAGGCAUCACUUUCAACUUGAGAUUUCUAAUGUUACCAAAGAACACACAGGUACUUAUACGGUACUGGCUGAGAAUGCCAGUGGUUCCAAGACUGCAGAGAUCCAAGUUAAUGUACUAGACGUGCCUGGGCCUCCUGCCAGUGCCAAAUAUGAUGAGGUGUUUGCCACCAAUAUUAAGUUGUCCUGGGUCCCUCCUUUGAAAGAUGGUGGUGCCCCUGUCACCAACUACAUCAUAGACAAACGUGAAACCAGCAGAGCUAAUUGGGCCCAAGUGUCCUCUAAGGUCAAGGGUGACACCCUACAGUUUAAUGUAGGAAAGCUCAUUGAAAAUCAUGAAUACCAGUUCCGUAUUCGUGCAGAAAACACGUGGGGAGUUGGAGAUGCGCUAAUCACCAACCCAGUCAUCACCAAGAAUCCAUUCACCAUUCCUGGUCCAUGUGAAGCCCCAGUGAUUACCAAUGUGACUAAAGAUUCUAUGACUGUCAGCUGGAAGGAACCUGCUGAUGAUGGAAAGUCCACCAUCUUGGGCUACUUUGUGGAAAGGAAAACAACCAAAGAAAUCAAUUGGACUAAGCUGAACAGGAAACCUAUAACAGAGAGGACACUGGAAGUAACAGGUCUAACAGAAGGAGUUGAAUAUGAGUUCAGGGUCAUUGCCAUCAAUGCAGCUGGGCUUGGCAAACCCAGUGAACCCUCUGCUAGCUGCGCUGCACAAAAUCCCAUUACUCCUCCUGGGCCAGUGUUAAGCCCCAGUGUAACUGACACCACCCAUAGCACCAUCAGUCUGACCUGGACAGCCCCAUCUAACAAUGGAGGAAGCCCCAUUAUUGGAUAUUUGGUGGAAUCCAGAAGGACUGACAGCAAUGACUGGAUCCGCUGUAAUGUUCCUAGGAACUUGCAGGAGACAAACUAUGUCAUUCAAAAUCUCAUUGAUAAAGCAGAGUACCAGUGUCGUAUCACUGCUGUCAACAAAGUUGGAUUUGGUGAAUCAGUAGAAGUACCUGGCAAACAUGUUGCCAAAGACAUAAUAGUUGCACCUGAGGCAGAGUUAAGUGCAGAGCUGAAACAAGUCCUAGAACUACAUGCUGGUACCACCAUGAGACUUCAGGCUAACAUCAAGGGUCGUCCCACUCCUCGCAUCACCUGGGCUAAAAUGAAUACUAACAUUAAGGACCGUCAGGGAAUCAUCAUCAAAUCUAGCAAGACAGACACGAUGGUGAUGGUCGAAAAUGUCAACAGAUAUGAUGCUGGCAAAUAUAUUUUGAACCUUGAGAGCUCGGCUGGGAUGAAAAUGUACACUAUUGUGGUCAAAGUAUUUGACACACCUGGGCCACCUGUAAACCUGAUGGUAAAGGAAACUACCAAAGACAGUGCCUCCAUUUUUUGGGAUGCUCCUUUGAUUGAUGGUGGAUUUGAAAUCACCCACUACAUUGUGGAAAAGCGUGACACUGAGAGAAAGGCGUGGUCAGUUGUUUCAAACAACUGUAAUAAGACAUCAUUCAAGGUCCCAGACUUGGAUGCUGGGCGGUCAUACUGUUUCCGAGUGUCUGCAGUCAACCAGCUUGGUGCUGGGGAAUGUUGUGAGACAGCUGAUUCAGUCAGAGCAACAGAGGAGCCUGGACCUGUCAUGGACUUUAAGACCCUUCUGGUAACCAAGGACUCUUGCACUCUGAGCUGGAAGAAGCCCCUAACCGAUGGUGGCAGUCGCAUCAUCUGCUACGUACUGGAGGUUCUCAAUGGUGAUGACAAGUACAAGGAGCUGAUGAGGUCCAAGAAUAUGCAGUACAGUGCCAAAGACUUGGUGGAAGGCAGAGAGUACACCUACCGGGUAAAAGCUGUAAAUGACUCAGGAGAGAGCGCUGUCAAGGAGCUAACUUUGGUUGCCAAAGAUCAGAUCAUACUUCCAAGCUGUGACCUCAGAGAAUUACCCAACAUGUGCUAUAUUGCUAAAGAGGGCAGCACUGUCCGACUAAAGAUCCCCAUUAUUGGUAAACCUACUCCAAAGGUUUCUUGGAAGAAGGGAGAUGAUGAAGACCUAACAGAUACUGGCAGAGUAUGUGCAGAGUCCUCUUCGGUCAAUACCACCCUCUUCAUCAGAGACUGCCAAAGAAGUGAUGCUUCUAAGUACACCAUUACCUUGAGAAACAGUGCUGGCAGCAAGGAGUCCACCAUCUUCAUCAGGGUUGUGGGUAAACCUGGCAUUCCUGUUGGACCAAUUAAGUUCAAAGAUGUCACUGCUGAUGGUGCUACAUUGAAGUGGGGUGUUCCGAAGGAUGAUGGGGGCUCAGAGAUAACCAACUACAUUGUGGAAAAGAGGGACUUUAUCACUAGCAUGUGGGUCACUGUAUCCUCCAUUGUGGAGACCAAUAGUAUGAGGAUCACUAGUCUCCAUGAGGGUACCGAAUACAUAUUUAGAGUUGCUGCAGAGAACAAAUAUGGAGUUGGAGAAAGUCUCAAAUCUGAGUCUGUGGUAGCAAAACACCCAUUUAAUGUCCCAGAUGCCCCCCCUCCUCCUCAAAUCAUGAGCAUGCGUCAUGAUUCUGCAUACCUGGCCUGGGGUGACCCUAGGAAGACUGGAGGCUCACCUAUCACAGGCUACCAUGUUGAAUUCAAAGAAAGAAACAGCAUGCUGUGGAAAAGAGCUAGCCCAUCUGCUUUGAAGAUGAAAGAACACAAGGUUACUGGCCUUACUGAAGGACUGGAGUAUGAGUUCCGUGUAAUGGCAGUCAAUUUGGCUGGCAUUGGCAGGCCAAGUACUCCCACUGAUCCACAAGUGGCCUUGGAUCCAAUUGAUGCGCCUGGUAAACCAAAUGUUAUCAGCAUCACGAAGAGCAGUGUAACACUUCAAUGGACUGAACCACAGUUUGAUGGUGGCCACAGACUUACUGGCUACAUUGUUGAGAAGAGGGACUUGCCUUCCAAAAUCUGGGUGAAGGCCAACAACGUGAAUGUUGUAGAACCUGCAUUCACUAUUGUUGAUCUGCAAGAGGGCUGCAAAUACGAGUUCAGGAUUAGGGCAAAGAAUGCUGCCGGUGCCAUCAGCCCACCCUCUGAACAGACAGAUACAAUUUUAUGUAGAGAUGAAUAUGCUGCACCAACCAUUACUAUUGAUGCCCAGGUAAUGGAGGGCCUAACGGUCCGUGCUGGUGAUACCAUUGUUAUCACUGCUACAAGUAUUUUGGGAAAACCUGCUCCUGUCUCCUGUUGGUCAAAGGGAGGAAAAUACUUUAAACCAUCUGACAUUGUUCAUAUUGAAAGCACUGCAACCUCCUCAACUUUGUCUGUAAAAUAUGCAGGCAGGAAAGACUCUGGAGAGUACACAAUAACUGCUACUAACCCAUUUGGUGUAAAAGAGGAAACUGUCAAAGUCAAAGUUCUUGAUGUUCCUGGUUCUCCUGGACCUAUUGAAUGCAGUGGUGUGUCUUCUGAAAAGGUAACUCUGACAUGGACAGCUCCAACUGAGGAUGGUGGUUCCCCAGUUAAAUAUUAUACCUUGGAGAAGAGAGAGACUAGUCGUCUGCUCUGGACUGUCCUAGAGGACAAGGUCUUGGACUGCCACUUUGUUGCCAACAAGCUCAUUCAGGGCAAUGAGUACUUGUUCAGAGUUUCUGCCAUAAACCAGUAUGGUGCCAGUGAGCCAUCUCAUUCUGAAGCUGUCAAGAUGAUUGAUAGAUUUGGUCCUCCUGGUCCACCAUCCAAACCAGAGGUUGAGAAAAUUGAUGGACAUUCAGUCACUUUGUCUUGGAGAAGACCAGCUGAGGAUGGAGGAAGUGACAUCAUUGGCUACUCUGUUGAAAAGAAAGAAAAGAAAGCUGUACGAUGGAUGCGAGCAUCCAAAAAAUCUGUAGCUGACCUCAGCUUUGAAGUCACAGGACUUACUGAGGGUGUGGAAUAUGAGUUUCGAGUUUUUGCUGAGAACAGAGCUGGUUUUGGGGAGCCAAGUGAAACAUCUAUGCCUGUCAGAACAAUAGUUGCUGCUUAUGUGCCAGGAUGUCCAAUCAAUCCAAGAGUUACUGACACAACUAAGACCACUGCUACUCUGAACUGGGGAAAACCUUUGGAUAAUGGUGGGCUUGAAGUCACAGGGUAUGUGAUUGAACACAAAAAAGAUGGAACAGAAGAAUGGGUCAAAGAUACCCCUUCACAUCCAAUAAGGAUCACAGAGUUUGUGGUACCAGAUCUGGAAGCUGGUGGAAAGUAUCUUUUCAGAAUAAGUGCGGUAAAUGCUAAGGGAGCAGGUGAACCUGCUGAAAUUCAGGACCUGGUUGAGAUUGUGGAACGUGCAGCUGAACCGGAUUUAGAGCUUGAUGUUGAACUAAGAAGGACUCUUGUUGUCAGAGCCGGCUGUUCCAUAAGACUUUUUGUGCCAAUCAAGGGUCGUCCUACACCUACAGUAACUUGGACUAAAGAAGGGGGCCCUGUUCCACGAGCAGUUAUAGACAGCACAGAAUCGUACACAAUGCUUCUUGUUCCAGAAAGUAUUAGAAACGAUACAGGCAAAUAUGAGCUUACACUUGAAAACUCCGCUGGUAAGAAAAGUGCUGAUAUUCAUGUGAGAGUUCUUGAUACACCUGGACCUCCAAUCAAUCUGAAACCAGUUAAAAUUGACAAAGAAAGUAUAUCACUUCAAUGGGAGAUGCCUCUUGUUGAUGGUGGGGCCAAGAUCACCAACUACAUAAUUGAGAAAAGGGAAUCAACCCGCAAGGCCUUUGCUACCGUUAUUACAAACUGCCCUACAACAUCUGUCAGAAUUGGCGAUCUGGGAGAAGGCUGUGAGUACUACUUCAGAGUGUCUGCUGAAAAUGAAUACGGCAUUGGCGAGGCAGUUGAAACCACAGAUCCAAUUCGUGCAUCCCAGUCUCCAUGUGCUCCAGAAAGCAUAAUUCCAACUGAUAUCACAAAGAACUCUGUUAGCUUGGCUUGGACCAAACCCAAGCAUGAUGGCGGAAGCAGGAUAACAGGAUACGUAUUAGAGGCCCAAAAGAAGGGUACAGACCAAUGGGCUCAUGUAACAACAGUAAAGUCCAUGGAUUUCACUGUAAAGAAUCUCAAUGAGAAUGAGGAGUACAUUUUCCAUGUUAUGGCUGUAAACCAAUCUGGCAGAAGUGUUCCACGUGAGAGUAAACCAAUUGUUGUUAGAGAUUCCACUUCCCUUCCUGAGUUUGACUUGCGCGGUGUGUGUAAAAAAACUGUUAUUGCCAAAGCAGGUAGUGAUAUAAAGAUUGAAAUUCCAGUUUUUGGACGUCCUAGACCAACAAUUUCUUGGCAAAAGAAUGACACAGCACUGAAACUCACCCAGAGAAUAAAUGUUGAAACUACUGCUGCAACAGCUGUUCUUAAUAUAUCUGAAUGCACUAGGGAUGACAGUGGUGUGUACACCAUAUUAGGAAAGAACAUUGUUGGAUCUGUGAAAGACAACAUCAUUGUAAAAAUACAUGAUGUACCUGGACCUCCGAAAGGACCCGUUCAAAUCGUGGAAAUCUCUCGAACCUUUUGCAUGUUCUCAUGGGAAACUCCGGAGAAUGACGGGGGUGUUCCGAUAACUAACUAUGUGGUUGAGAUAAGAGAAACUACUUCUCAAACAUGGACUGAGCUAUCCUCCACAGUCAUACGUACAAUGUUUAAAGCCAGCCGCUUAACCACAGGAUCGGAGUAUCAAUUUAGAGUAAAAGCCAAGAAUAGGUACGGUGUUGGACCUCCCAUUACUUCAGAGGCAGUCAUGGCAUCAUAUCCUUUCAAGGUACCCGGGCCACCAAGUACUCCUACUGUUGUAGCAUUUACCAAAGAUUCAAUUACAAUUGGCUGGAAUGAACCUGUGUCUGAUGGUGGAAAUGAAGUAAUGGGUUACCAUGUUGAGAGGAAAGAAAGAAGCAGCAUUGUGUGGCAUAAGAUCAGCAAGGGUCUUGUUAAAGGAAAUAUCUUCAAGUCCACAGGACUUGAGGAUGGAGUUGCCUAUGAGUUUCGUGUUAUGGCUGAAAACAUGGCUGGAAUUGGUAAACCUAGCAAGGUCUCAGAGGCAAUACUGGCUUUGGACCCCGUAGAUCCCCCAGGUCAGCCUGUACCCAUAAUUGUAAACAAGAAUGCAAUCACAAUUCAGUGGACAAAGCCUGAGUAUGAUGGUGGCUUCAAAAUUACUGGGUACACAGUGGAAAAGAGAGAACUCCCUACUGGUCGCUGGACUAAAGCUAACUUCACCAACAUCAUUGAGACAACAUUUACUGUUAGUGGACUGACUCAGGACACUUCCUAUGAGUUUCGAGUUAUAGCCAGAAAUUCAGCAGGUUCAGUGAGCCUGCCUUCUGAUCCCUCUGGCCCAAUUGCCUGUAAAGAUGACAUUACUGAACCAAGAAUUAUGGUUGAUGCCAUCUUCAAGGAUGUUAUUCUGCUGAAAGCAGGGGAAUCUUUCAAGCUGGAUGCUGAUAUAGGUGGCCAACCAACCCCAUCUAUGUCUUGGACAAAAGAUGGAAAGGAGGUAGAGAACACAAUGAAACUGGAAGUCAGAUAUACUGAACUAACGACGACUCUCACCAACAAGGAUUCUGUCAGGUCAGAUAGUGGUGAAUUUGUUUUGACUGCAUCUAAUGCUGGAGGAUUUGCAAAGCACAUUUUUAAUGUCAAGGUCCUUGACAGACCUGGAGCACCACUUGGACCACUUACAGUUUCUGAAAUAACUGCGGACAACUGUGUACUUACCUGGUCACCACCUGCAGAUGAUGGUGGGUCAAAAAUUGAGGGUUAUGUAAUUGAAAAACGGGAAUCAAGCAGAUUGGUUUGGACCACUGUUGUUUCUGGCCUAUUAGUAACACAAUACAAAGUGACCAAACUUCUGAAAGGAAAUGAAUACAUAUUCAGGAUUAUGGCUACCAACAAAUAUGGACUCGGAGAGCCUCUUGAAUCAGAACCCACUAUUGCUGACAACCCAUAUAGGAUUCCGGAUCCCCCAGAGAAUCCUGAGGUGACUGUUAUUACUAAAGAUUCCAUGGUUGUAAUGUGGCAAGAACCAAAGAGUGAUGGAGGAACACCCAUUACCAAUUUCAAUAUUGAAAGAAAAGACAGAGUUGGCCUUCGCUGGGUCAAAUGCAACAAGAGAAAGGUCAAAGAUUUACAGUUUAAGACAACAGGCCUUGUUCCUGGCCAUGAAUAUGAAUUUAGAAUAACAGCAGAAAAUGCUGCUGGGGUGAGUGCACCAAGUGUCUCCAGUCCAUUCUACAAGGCUACAGAUGCACUGUAUAAACCAGGGCCUCCUUGCAACCCCAGAGUCUUGGAUACAACCAAAUCCUCGAUUACUGUUGCUUGGAACAAGCCUUCAUAUGAUGGUGGCUCUGAUAUUAGUGGUUACAUUGUGGAGACAUGUAUGCCAUGUGAAAAAGAAGAGGAAGAAGAGUGGACAAUUGUUACACCCAAGGAUGGUCUCCUUGCAACUUCAUUUACCAUUAUUGAUCUAAAGGAGAACCAAGAAUACAAAAUUAACAUAUCUGCCAUCAACAGUGAAGGACUUGGAGAGGCAGUAUCUGUACCUGGAAAUCCCAAAGCAGAGAACAGACUUCUUCCACCUGAGAUAGAUUUAGAUAUAGAGCUUCGUAAGGUGGUCUGUCUGCGAGCUUGCUGCUCACUUAGACUGUUUGUGCCAAUUAGGGGAAGACCACCUCCUCAAGUUAAAUGGACAAAAGAUGAUGGGGAGCACCUAGAUAGAGCAACCAUUGACAGCACACCAUCAUACACAUUACUUGUAAUUGAAAAUGUUAAUAGAUUUGACAGUGGAAAAUACAACCUUACUGUUGAAAACAGUUCUGGUUCCAAAACAGCUACAGUGCAAGUCAGAGUACUUGAUACACCAAGUGCCCCACAAAAUCUGAAAAUUACUGCUGUCACAAAUGAAGCUGUGACUUUAACUUGGGAUCCACCAAUGAAUGAUGGAGGAGUAAAAAUUAAGAACUAUAUAGUUGAAAAGCGCGAGUCUACAAGAAAAGCAUAUGCCACAGUUAAUGCUAACUGCCAUAAUACUACCUUCACAGUUGAUCAGCUCCUGGAGGGGUGCAACUAUUACUUCAGGGUAUUGGCUGAAAACGAAUAUGGCAUUGGUUUGCCAAUUGAGUCUAUUGAAUCAGUUAAAGUGUCUGAAAAACCACAGCCUCCUGGAAAAAUAACUCUUAAGGAUGUUACCAAAAAUAGUGUUACCCUCACAUGGGAAAGGCCAGAACAUGAUGGUGGCAGCAGAGUGGGUUGUUAUGUUGUUGAGAUCCAACCUAAGGGUGUUGAUAAGUGGACACAGGCAUUAAUUGUGAAGGAAACAGAAGCUACUAUCAAUGGACUAAAUGCAGGAGAGGAGUAUAUGUUCCGUGUUGCAGCAAGAAAUGAGAAGGGAACAAGUGACCCCCGCCAAAUUGGUGUCCCUGUAAUAGUAAAAGAUCUUGUGAUUGCACCUGUUGCUAAAAUGUUGUUUAAUACCUUUACUGUGCUUUGUGGAGAAGAUUUGACAGUAGAAAUUCCAUUUUUUGCUCGUCCUAAAGCUGCAAUCUCCUGGGUUAAAGAUGGUCAGCCUCUGAAGAGAACUACCAGAGUUAAUUUUGAUGCAACUGAGGCUAUGCUUAAACUCAACAUUAAAGAAGCUACUAAAGAUGAUGUUGGACAAUAUCUUAUUACUCUAAGCAACUCUGCAGGAGAGACUGCAGCAAAUGUUGGAAUUGUUGUUCUUGACAAACCUGGCCAGCCUGGUGGACCAGUUAAGGUUGAUGAGGUAACUUCUGACAGUGUAACUAUCUCCUGGAAUCCACCAGAAUAUUCUGGUGGUUGUACAAUCAAAAAUUACAUUGUGGAAAAGAGAGAUACAUCCACCACAAACUGGAUGACUGUAUCAUCCAACCUAGCAAGAACAAAAAUUAAGGCAGGCAGGCUUAAAACAGGCUCUGAGUAUCAAUUUAGAAUCACAGCUGAAAAUAGAUACGGGAAAGGCCCAUUUCUUCUUUCUGAAUGCAUUGUUGCUCAGUAUCCAUACAAGCUCCCAGGACCACCAGGAACACCUUCAGUUGUUACCUGUACCAAGGACACCAUGGUUAUUGCCUGGAAUGAACCUGUGAUUGAUGGUGGGAGUACUAUAUUGGGUUACCAUCUUGAGCGCAAAGAAAGAAACAGUAUCUUAUGGGUGAAACUAAACACAUCUCUCAUUACUGACCAAACAUUGAAGACCACAAAUCUUGAACCUGGAAUGGAGUAUGAAUACAGAGUUUAUGCUGAAAACAUAGUUGGAAUAGGCAAAGCAAGCAAGGUAUCUGAGGGACGUGUCGCAAGAGAUCCUUGUGAUCCCCCAGGUACUCCAGAGGCAAUAAAAAUUACCAAUGACUCUGUGACAAUUAUCUGGACCAAGCCUGAAUAUGAUGGUGGUGCAAAGGUGACUGGCUACAUUGUGGAAAAGAAAGAACUUCCUGAGGGACGCUGGCUUAAGGCUAACUUUACUAAUGUAAUUGAAACAGAAUACGUUGCAACCGGUCUUGUUAUGGACAAUCAGUAUGAAUUCCGUGUCAUUGCUAGAAAUGCUGCCGGUGUUCUUAGUGCUCCCUCUGACACCACUGGUCCUAUAACAGCUAGAGAUGAAGUUGAACCUCCACGUAUUAGUAUUGAUCCAGAGUACACCCAGACUCUUGUGGUUAAUGCUGGUGAAAACUUUAAAAUUCAUGCAGAUGUUCAUGGCAAACCAUUGCCCUCUAUCCAUUGGAUGAAAGGGGAGCUGGAACUGGGUAAUACUAUAAACAGAGAUAUAAAGAAUACACCUACUAAAGCCAUUAUAUCUGUAAAAGAAGCUAAGCUUUCAGAUGGAGGCCAAUACACUCUGCUGCUAAAAAAUCCAGGAGGAGAAAAGGUAGUACAUGUUAAUGUGGUUGUCUUAGAUAAGCCUGGUGAACCACAAGGACCUGUUGUUGUCACAGGAAUAAACAAUGACCAAUGCUGCCUUUCAUGGAAACCACCACUAAACGAUGGUGGUAGCACUGUUUCCCACUACAUUGUAAAGAGAAGAGAAACAAGCAGGUUGGUCUGGACAGUUGUUGACCCGAAAGUGGAAACAACAGGUUUAAAGAUCACUAAGCUCCUAGAGGGAGAUGAGUAUAUCUUCCGAGUUUAUGCUGUCAACCAGUUUGGAGUAGGUGCACCGCUAGAGUCUGCUCCUGUGUUGAUCAAGGAUCCAUGUCUGCCACCCAGUUCACCCAAAAAUGUAGAAGUUUCAGAAAUUAAAAAAGAUUCAAUGGUUCUUAACUGGGAAACUCCUUCUGAAACUGGAGGCAGUCCUAUUAUUGGAUACAUAAUUGAAAAACACGAUAAAGAGGGUGUGAGAUGGACACGGUGCAAUAAGCAAACAGUCAUAGGUUUGACUUUCAAAGUCACUGGACUCUUGGAGAGCCAUAUUUAUGAGUUUAGAGUUGCAGCUGAAAAUGCUGUUGGCAUUGGUGAGCCAAGUUCCCCAACUGUUUUCCAUAAAGCAGUUGAUCCUAUAUUCAGGCCUGGCCCGCCACUUAACCCAAAAGUCUCAGACACAACAAAAUCUUCAGUGGUCCUAACGUGGUCAAAGCCUGUAUGUGAUGGAGGCUGUGAGAUACAGGGAUAUAUUGUUGAGUGUUGUACUACAACAGUAUCAACUGAACCCCCGGAAACCACAGACAAAGUUGCUACAGAAGUACCAGCUGAGGAAUGGAAAAUUUGUACACCACCAACGGGUGUAAAGAAAACAAAAUUUGAAGUUGUAAAUCUGAAGGAAAAUCAGGCAUACAAGUUUAGAGUGUGUGCUAUAAACAAAGUAGGAGUUGGUGAGCAUGCUGACAUUACUGGAGCUAUUAUAGUGCAAGAGAGGGCAGAAGAGCCAGACCUUGAUAUUGACCCAGAUCUGCGAAAGAUAGUGACCUGUAAAGCUGGCACCUCCCUUAGGCUGUUUGUUCCAAUAAAAGGACGGCCCACCCCUACCAUCCAGUGGGACAAAGAUGAAGCCCCGCUUAAAGACUCUGCUCAAGUUGAGACAACAAGCAGUUACACAUCUUUGGUAAUUGACAAGACAAGCAGAAAUGACAGUGGAAAAUACACAAUCUCUGCUGAAAAUUCCAGCGGACUAAAAUCUGCAUUUGUUGUUGUACGUGUCCUUGACACACCCAGUGCUCCUGUUAAUCUUAAAGUGAAAGAAAUUACCAACCAGUCAGUAACACUGGAAUGGGAACCCCCUUUGCUGGAUGGUGGGUCCAAGAUCAAGAACUAUAUUAUUGAAAAGAGAGAAAGUACAAGAAAAACAUUUGCUGCUGUUGCAACAAAUUGUCAUUCUCUUUCAUGGAAAAUUGAGCCUCUUCAAGAGGGUUGUAGUUACUACUUCAGAGUCCUUGCUGAAAAUGCUUAUGGUGUUGGUUUGCCUUCAGCGACAAUAGACCCUCUCAAAGUUUCAGAGGUGCCUCAGUCUCCAAAGAGUUUAAUUGUUACAGAUCAGACCAAAACUAGCAUCUCGUUGGCUUGGGAAAAGCCAGAAUAUGAUGGUGGAAGCAGAGUGGUGCAGUAUUUUCUUGAAGUACAGCAGAAAGGUCAGGAAAAAUGGUGUCCAGUAAAUACAUUUAAGACAAUGGAAACUACUGUCUCAAAUCUAAACCCAGGAGAUGAGUAUCUAUUCAGAGUUACAGCAAUUAAUGAUAAGGGAAAGAGUGACCCUAAAGCUCUUACUGGUCCGGUGAUGACCAAGGAUUUAGUCUUUGAACCUGAUAUCCGUCCAGCAUUUAGCAGCUACAGCGUUCAUGUGAGAAAAAAUAUAAGUGUAGACAUUCCCAUCUUUGGACGCCCCAAACCAACGGUCACAUGGACUAAAGAUGGGGCUCCUUUAAAGUUUACCACUAGGGUUAACAUUCUCAGUACACCAUCAAAUACAACACUAAACAUUAAGGAGGCAGCAAUUGAUGAUGGUGGAAUGUACUGUAUCAGUGCAACUAACGCAGUUGGAAAAAAGGAAACAACUAUUGAAAUCAUAAUACUAGACAAGCCUGGUCCACCAUCAGGCCCUGUAAGAUUUGAGGAAAUUACAACUCAAAGUGUUACUAUGUCAUGGGACCCUCCAAAAUACAAUGGCGGGUGUCAAAUCUCAAACUACAUUGUUCAAAAAAGAAAUACUACCACUACAACUUGGGAAAAUGUAAGCAUUAAUUGGGCUAGAACCACCAUCAAAGUGACAAAGCUGACAACUGGAACUGAGUACCAGUUUAGGAUCAUUGCCCAGAAUCGCUAUGGCAAGAGUCAAGGUUUGGAUUCAUCAAGCGUAGUUGCUCAGUACCCGUACAAAGAGCCAGGUCCACCAGGCACUCCCUUUAUCUCAUCUCUUUCCAGAGACCACCAAGUUGUUGAGUGGCAUGAACCUGUCUCAGAUGGAGGCAGUCCUGUUCUUGGCUACCAUCUUGAGAGGAAAGAGAGAAAUAGUAUUCUCUGGGUGAAAAUUAACAAGACACUUAUUCAUGAUCCCUGUUUUAAGAGUUAUCCCCUGGAGGAAGGUACAGAGUAUGAAUAUAGGGUUUAUGCUGAAAAUAUUGUUGGUGUUGGGAGAAGCAGUAAGGUCUCUGAAGGUUGUGUUGCCCGUGACCCCUGUGAUCCUCCUGGUACACCGGAAGCCAUCCAUGUGUCCAAAGAUACCAUUGUAAUUCAGUGGACUAAACCCGAAUAUGACGGUGGCAGCAAUAUUACUGGCUAUAUUAUAGAAAAGCGAGACCUGCCAGAAGGGAGAUGGGUAAGGGCAAAUUUUACUAAUGUAACUGAGACCCAGUUUACCGUCACCGGUCUUACUGAAUGUGCACAGUAUGACUUCAGAGUCAUUGCUAAAAAUGCUGUUGGUACAGUGAGCAAACCAUCAUACAAUAGUGGUCCAAUUAUAGCAAGUGAUGAAGUUGAAGCACCUAAAGCUUCUAUUGACCCUGGAUUUACCAAAACUAUUACCAUCAAUGCAGGUCAGACAUUCAAGAUAGAUGCAGAUGUUCGUGGCAAGCCAUUGCCAACAAUGCAGUGGUUUAAGGAAGAAAAGAUGGUAGAGAACACUCUCAGAAUAGAAAUGAGAAACACUGAAAAUCAUGCAAUGAUAGUCAUUAAAGACUCUGUCAGAGAUGAUGGUGGAAAUUAUACUCUGCUGCUGACAAAUGAAGCUGGAACGGAAAAAGUUAUUUUCAAGGUUUUGGUUCUGGACAGGCCCAGUCAAUGUGAAGGACCCAUCCACAUCACUGGAGUAGCUGAAGACAGAUGCACACUAUCAUGGCGUGUCCCUCUACAUGAUGGAGGUAAUCCUAUUACACAUUAUGUCAUCGAGAGACGAGAGACCAGUCGUCUAGCUUGGACUGUUGUUUCAAAUAGUUGUAGCACCACGUGCCACAAAGUUAACAAGUUAUUAGAAGGCAAUGAGUAUAUGUUCCGUGUAAUGGCAGUUAACAGCUAUGGUAUCAGUGAACCACUGGAGUCUAGUCCAGUUACUAUGAGGACCCCUUUUGUUCCACCUGGUUCACCUCAUAUUGAAAACAUAUGCGAUAUUUCCCAUGAUGGCAUGACCAUUACCUGGUCAGCUCCUGGUAGUGAUGGAGGCACUGAAAUUACUAGCUACAUCAUUGAAAAGAAGGACAGAGCUGGAAUUAAGUGGACUAGAUGCAACAGACAGAAAGUUACUGAUCUCUCUUUUAGAGUUACAGGCCUCUCUACAGAUCAUGAGUAUGAGUUCAGAGUUGCUGCUGAAAACAUAGUUGGAGUAGGAGAACCAAGUCUUCCCAGUUCAUAUUACAAGGCUUGUGAUCCCAAGUUCAAACCUAGUGCCCCAACAUAUGUGAAUGUUAUUGACUCAACAAAAACGUCUAUUACAGUUUCAUGGGGUAAGCCUCUUUCUGAUGGUGGCAGUGAGAUUCAAGGAUACAUUGUGGAAGUAUGUAAAGCUGAAGAAGAGCAGUGGACCAUGGUUACUCCUCCUACUGGUCUACGUGUCAACAAAUAUGAAAUUACGAAGCUUACUGAGGGUCAGGAGUACAAGAUCCAAGUGUGUGCUUUGAACAAACUUGGAGUUGGUGAGCCACUUAGUCUUUCUGGAACAAUCAAACCAGAGGAAAAGUUUGAGCCCCCACAAAUUCAUCUUCAUUCUGAGUUGAGAAAAGGCAUAACAGUGAAAGCUGGUGGAUCUGUUAGAAUCCAUAUUCCUUUCAAAGGCAGGCCAGCACCAGAGAUCAUGUGGAUGAAGGAUGAGGGAAACCUGACUGAAAAGGCUGUAAUUGAAAAAGCUGUCAACUUUACACAACUGUCCAUAGAUUCAUGUGACCGUAAUGACUCUGGGAAGUAUACUCUGAGUUUGACCAAUAGCAGUGGCUGUGUGUCUGAGUUUGUGUCAGUUAAAGUUUUGGAUACACCUGGGCCCCCACAGAACCUUGUGGUUAAAAGUAUCAAAAAGGAUUCUGUUACUCUUGAAUGGGAUGUCCCACUAAAUGACGGGGGUUCCAAAAUCAGAAACUAUGUCAUUGACAAACGUGAAUCAACCAGGAAGGCAUAUGCAAAUGUGUCCACAAAAUGCCUCAAGACUACAUUCAAAGUUGAGAAUCUAAUUGAAGGUGCUCUGUAUUACUUCAGAGUUAUGGCUGAGAAUGAAUACGGGAUUGGCCAAGCUGUUGAGACAAAAACUGCCUCCAAGGCUUCUGAGGUACCUCUGCCAGUGGGAAAGGUGUUUCUCACUGAUGUUACUAAGACUAGUGCCACACUGGCCUGGGAGAAACCUGAGCAUGAUGGGGGGAGUAGAAUUGGUGGGUAUCUGAUAGAAAUGCUACCAAAGGGCACAGACAAAUGGGGAGUUGCUACAAAUACAAAGACUUGUGAUGGAACUGUGACAGGCCUUACUGCUGGUGCAGAAUACCAAUUCCGUAUUAUUGCUUACAAUGAGAAGGGAAAGAGUGAGCCAAGGGUACUUGCUGCCCCUGUGAUUGCAAGUGAUAUGACCAUGGAGCCAAACAUUAAUAUGCAAUUCAACACGUACACUGUGUUAGCUGGAAAAGAUUUGAAGUUAGAGUUCCCUGUUCUUGGCAGACCCAAACCUAAAGUCAAUUGGAUGAAGAAUGGUCAACCAUUCAAGGUUACUUCCAGAGUUAACAUACUAAACACUGCAUCAACAACUGGAAUUCAGAUUACAGAGGCAUGCAAAGACGACUUUGGCAAAUACUCUAUUACUGCAAACAAUGCUGUUGGCACUGUCACAGAAGAUUUGACUGUUGUAAUCCUUGACAAGCCUGGUCCUCCUAAGGGUCCAGUCAAUGUUAUUGAGGUCAGCAACACCUUUGUCCAUUUGUCCUGGGAGCCCCCAGAGUACACUGGUGGGUGUCAAGUAAAGAACUACAUUGUGGAAAAGAGAGAUGCUACAACUACAGUUUGGCAACCAGUUAAUACACAUUUGGCAAGAACAGCUUUGAAAAUUACCAAGCUAAAAACCAGUGCAGAAUACCAGUUCCGAAUCAUAGCAGAAAACAGAUAUGGUAAAAGUGUGCCUCUAGAAUCUAAGGCUAUUGUUGUGCAGUAUCCAUACAAACCGCCAGGACCUCCAGGAACACCAUUUGUCAAAUAUGCAACUAAGGAAAUGAUGAUUGUUGAAUGGAAUGAGCCAGUCAUUGAUGGGGGUAGUGCAGUUAUUGGUUACCAUCUAGAAAGCAAGGAAAGAAACAGCAUUCUGUGGAACAAACUGAACAAGACCCUCAUCAGUGAUACUCAGUUCAAGAUCUGCAAUCUCGAGGAGAAUAUUGGAUAUGAAUUUAGGGUAUAUGCAGAAAAUAUCGUUGGUAUUGGUCGAUGCAGUAAAGUCUCUGAGUCCUAUGUUGCCCGUGAUCCAUGUGAUCCUCCUGGUGCUCCUGAAGCUGUGUCCAUUUCAAAAAAUCAAAUCAAGAUUCAAUGGACCAAGCCACAGUAUGAUGGUGGCAGCAAAGUAAAUGGAUAUAUUGUAGAAAGAAAGGAUCUCUCCUCCCCUGAUGGACGCUGGGUGAGAGCUAACUUUACCAAUGUAGUUGAAACUGAGUACAUUGUCACUGGUCUGACAGAGAAGGAGCAAUAUGAAUUCAGAGUUAUUGCAAGAAAUGCAGCUGGAGUUUUCAGUGAGCCAUCAGACAGCUCUGGACCCAUCACAGCAACUGAUGAAAUUGAAGCACCAAGAGCUUCAAUGGAUCCCAAAUACAAGGAUGUUAUUGUUGUAAAUGCUGGAGAAAGUUUGCUUCUUUAUGCAGACAUUUAUGGAAAACCACUUCCUGAUGUCUUCUGGCUGAAAGAGGGAAAAGACAUUGAGAAAACCUUGCGCAUUGAAGUGAAAACUACGCAAAAAAAGACAACCAUGACAAUUAAGGAUGUCACCAAACUUGAUUGCGGUAAUUAUGAACUUGUGCUCAAAAAUCUUGGGGGCACUAAAGCCUUCCCUAUUGCUGUUAAAGUCCUUGAUAAGCCAGGGCCACCUACUGGACCUAUGAAAGUGACUGGAGUCAUGGCUGACAGAUGCAUCCUAUCAUGGUCUGAGCCAACUCUAGAUGGUGGUGCCAGUGUCUCUCACUAUGUUUUGGAAAAAAGAGAGACAAGCAGGUUGUCCUGGACAAUUGCCGCUCCUGUCGUUAAGGAGCUAUACCACAAGGUUACAAAUUUGCUUCCAUUAAAUGAAUACCUUUUCAGAGUAAGGGCAGUCAACAAAUAUGGUGUUGGUGAUUGCCUCGAAAGUGAGCCUGUUAUUGCACGCAAUCCUUACAAGCCACCAAGUUGUCCUGGCACCCCAGAAGCAAAUGAAAUCACGAAAGACUCUAUGGUUGUGUCGUGGACUGCUCCAGAACACACAGGUGGAGCUGAAAUUCAAGGUUACCACCUUGAAAAACGCAGCAAAGACAGUGUUAGAUGGACUAAAUGUAACAGGCAAAAGUUAACAGACACUCAUUUUAAAGUCACUGGACUGACAACGGAUCAUUUCUAUGAGUUCCGUGUUGCUGCUGAGAAUGAGGCCGGAGUAGGAGAUCUCAGUGAACUGUCUCUAUUUUAUAGAGCAUGUGAUGCUACAACCCCACCUGGACCUCCCCACCACCCUAAAGUGACUGACUAUACAAAAUGCUCUGUAUCUCUGUCUUGGAACAAACCCGACUCUGAUGGUGGAGCAUUUAUAAAGGGAUACAUAGUUGAAAUGAGGGAGUAUACUCCUGUGCCUGAGUUAAAAGAUGGAGAAGAUGUAACAACAGCAAUCAAAGCACCUGCUGAAAAAGAAUGGACCAUGUGCACUCCACCCACUGGUAUUCAAACUACCAAAUUAACUGUCACCGACCUUAAAGAGGGUGGAGAAUACCAGUUCCGUAUCUGUGCUGUCAAUUCAGAGGGAGUAGGGGAAGCUGCUAAUGUCCAGGGAACAGUUAUUACUUCCGACAAAACGGAAGCACCAGAAAUCGAGUUGGAUGCUGAUCUUAGAAAGGUUGUAUCUGUCCGUGCUGGUGGAACUCUGCGUCUUUUUGUCACCAUUAGAGGCAGACCUGAACCUGUUGUGAAGUGGGAAAAGAUCGACGAUAACCUCACAGAACGUGCUGCUGUUGACACCACUAGUUCAUAUACCAUGUUAGUCAUUGACAAUGUUAACCGCUUUGACAGUGGCAAGUACUCACUAACACUUACAAACAGUAGUGGUACAAAAACUGCAGUCAUUGUUGUAAGAAUUUUGGACUCACCAGCUGCACCACAACAUUUUACUGUAAAAGAGAUCAAAAAAGAUUCAGUGAUUCUUACCUGGGAUACACCUCUCAAUGAUGGAGGGGCUAAAAUCACAAACUACAUUGUUGAAAAGAGAGAAUCUGUCAGGAAGGCUUACACUACUGUCACUAACAACUGUACAGCCAAUACACUUAAGAUUGAAGAGCUUCCUGAGGGAGGAAUUUUCUACUUCAGGGUCAGUGCUGUCAAUGCCUAUGGGCAAGGCCAGAUGGUUGAAAGUAAAGAAAUUAAAGUGUCUGAGGUGCCUCUUCCACCAAACAAAAUUAUUGUUGUUGAUGUGACAAAGACAAGUGUUUCACUGGGUUGGGAAAAACCAGCACAUGAUGGUGGAAGCAAAGUAUUGUGUUAUAAUGUGGAAUUUAAGCCAAAAAGUGGGGAUAAAUGGGGUACAGCAUGCACAGUUAAGGUACUAGAAGCUACAAUUCCCAACUUGACCCCUAAUGAAGCUUAUUUAUUUAGAGUUAUUGCAAUUAAUGAAAAGGGAAAAAGUGAACCAAGAGAUCUCGGCCUCCCUGUUGUUGCAAAAGACAUUGGAAUUGAACCCUCAAUAAAUUUGCAUUUUAAUACAUUUAGUGUAAAGGCUGGAGAAGACCUCACUGUUGAAGUCCCUGUGAGAGGCAGACCUAAACCUGCAGUAUCUUGGAAAAAGGAUAACCUUCCUUUGAAGCAAACAUCAUCAGUCACCAUCUUAAAUACUGCAACUUCAUCAAAAGUUAUCAUUAAGGAGGCUAGAAAGGAACAUGUUGGCAAGUAUGAAAUUACUUUGGCCAAUACAGCAGGAACUGCCACUGCCGAUAUUGGGAUUAUUGUUCUUGAUAAACCAGGGCCACCUAAAGGAAUAAAAGUGGAUGCAGUGACGUCAGACAGCAUUACAUUGUCCUGGUCUCCUCCUGAAUAUGAUGGUGGAUGUUCAAUAAGCAAUUAUAUUGUGGAGAAAAGAGAUAAUAAUUCCCAAGAAUGGCAAAUAGCAGCAAGUAAUGUUGCCAGGACAUCAUUCAAAGCAGGACGCCUGACACAUGGAGCAGAAUACCAAUUCCGCAUCUACGCAGUCAAUCGUUAUGGGAAGAGCACCUAUCUAGACUCACCAGGAAUCACUGCUCAGUAUAACUUUAAACAACCUGGACCUCCAUCUACACCUAUAGUUAAACUAGCCACUAAAUCCUACAUGCUGGUGACUUGGAAUGAACCAGUGAUUGAUGGUGGCAGUUCCAUUUUAGGCUACCAUCUAGAAAGGAAAGAACGUUCUAGCAUAAUUUGGUCAAAGUUGAACAGGGGACUCAUCAAAAAUACAGAAUACAAAGUCACAGGUAUUGAAGAAGGAUUGAUGUAUGAAUACCGUGUCUAUGCUGAAAAUAUUGCAGGUAUUGGUAAAUGCAGCAAGGUUUGUGAAGCUGUAGCAGCCAGAGAUCCCUGUGAUCCCCCUGGAACACCUAUAGUCACAGCUGUUACAAGAACAUCUGUUUCCUUGUCUUGGAAUAAACCAGAAUAUGAUGGUGGAGCUAAGGUUUCUGGCUACAUUAUUGAAAGUAGAGACAUUCCAGAAGGACGAUGGACAAGGUGUAACUUCACAAAUGUGCCUGAAACUCACUAUGAUGUGACAGGCCUUAUAGAAAACAACCAGUAUGACUUCCGUGUUAUUGCAAAGAAUGCAGCUGGACUGUUCAGUAUACCUUCAGAUGGCACAGGCCCUAUCACUGUCAGGGAUGAUGUGGAUCCACCACGCAUCAUGAUGGAUGUAAAGUACAAGGAAACCUUGCUUGUAAAAGCAGGAGAGACUCUGAAGAUUAACGCAGACCUUGCUGGAUAUCCUGCCCCUGUUGUUUACUGGACAAAGGAUGACAAAGAGAUUGAGCUGAGAGCUAGGAUAAAGAUUGUUUUAACAGACGCAAGUACAUCUUUAAUAAUAAAAGAUAGUGUCAGAGGGGAUUCUGGACAGUAUGCCCUGACUUUGCGCAAUAUUGCUGGAAAAGUUACUGUGCCAAUAAACUGUGUUAUUCUGGAUAAGCCCGGACCAUCAGCAGGACCUCUGCAGGUCACUGACCUCACAGCAGAAGACUGCACUCUCUCAUGGGGUCCUCCACAGGAAACAGGAGGUGCAGACAUUACACAUUACAUUGUGGAGAAGCGUGAAACCAGCCGCUUGGCAUGGACACUGGUUAAGGGAGAUAUAACAAAAACCUACCUUAAAGUCAAAGGCUUGCUUAAAGGGAAUGAAUAUAUCUUUAAGGUUCUGGCUGUAAACAAACAUGGAAUUGGUGAAGCACUGGAAAGUGAAUCUAUAAAAGUUACAGACCCAUAUACUCUGGCCACUGCUCCAUCUAGUGUUGAUGUCACUUCUAUCACUGGAGAUUCAAUGACUGUCACAUGGUGCAAACCAGCCACUGACGGAGGCAGCCCUAUAAGAGGAUACGUGGUUGAAAGACGUGAAAAAACUGGCAUGCGCUGGGUAAGAGUUAACAGAGAGCUAGUUGCUGAGUGCAGCCUCUUAGUGACUAAACUUCGUAAGGGUUGUGAAUAUGACUUCAGAGUCUCUGCAGAAAAUGCAGCUGGUCUUAGUCCUCCAAGUGAACCAUCUGCAACAUUUAGGGCACUAGAUCCUUUGGUGGUACCUUCUCGCCCAACCAAACCAAAGAUAGUAAAUUCCACCAAGGACAGUGUUUCUAUUGUCUGGAAACCACCAAUAAGUGAUGGUGGGGCUCCCAUCUUGGGAUAUAGUGUAGAAUUCCGUGAGUACUUGAGAAAACCAGAGCCUGAAGUUGAAGAAGAAGAAGAAGAAGAGGAUGAAUAUGAGGAGGAGGAGGAAGAGGUCACAGAAUCACCUGAAGAACUGGCAAGAUGGGUUGAAGCUAUUCCCCUUACCAAAAGUUUAGAAUUUACAAUCGCUGGAUUAAAAACUGGUGAAGAAUAUGAAUUCUGUGUGAAGGCAAUAAACAAAGUUGGCUGCAGUGUGCGGAGCUCCUGUUCAGAACCAUUCAAAGCAGAAGAAACAACUGCUGAACCAUCAUUUGAUGUGGACCUUGAGAUCCGUAAGAUACUUAUUGUAAAGCAUGGUACUGCAUUUACUCUGAGUGUUCCUAUCAAGGGGAAACCUGUUCCAUCUGUUCAAUGGACCAAAGAGGGUGUUGAUCUUAAAGUCAGAGGAACUAUUGAAUCAACAGGCUCCAGCACGUCAUUGACUGUUGACAACUCAAAUAGAAAUGACUCUGGAGAAUAUUUUGUCACAAUUGAGUCACCAUUGGGAAAAGCGACAUUACCCAUGGUGGUAAAAGUUCUGGACACCCCUGGACCACCAAUCAAUGUUAAAGUUUCAGCAGUAACAAGGGAUUCAGCGACUCUAACAUGGGAUCCUCCAGAGAAUGAUGGUGGUGAUCCAGUAAAAGCCUACCAUGUUGAGAAGCGUGAGGCCAGUAAGAAGGCUUGGGUUUCAGUGACCAGCAACUGUCAUGCUCUGACCUACAAAAUAGAAGACUUGCAAGAAGGAGCCAUCUAUUACUUUAGGGUUUUUGCAGAGAAUGAAUAUGGAGAGGGAGUGCCUCAGGAAGCAAAAGCUGGAACAAAGAUUACAGAGGUACCAACUCCACCUUCAAAACUUGGAGUGGCAAAUGUUACCAAAGACUGUGUUACAAUUGCUUGGACAAGACCAGAAUAUGAUGGGGGUAGCAAGGUCACUGGAUAUGUGAUUGAUGCCCUAGAGAAAGGACAGACCAAGUGGGUAAAAUGUGCCACAGUAAAGACCAUGUCCCACACUAUCAAGAGUUUAAGGGAGGGAGCUGAGUACUUCUUUAGGGUCUGUGCUGAGAAUCAUGCUGGACUGAGUGAACCAAAGGAAAUGAUUGUUCCUGUAAUUGUCAAGGAAAUACAAGAGGCUCCUGAGUUUGAUAUGAAAAACUACCCCAAGAAUACAGUUUAUGUCAGAGCAGGAUCCAAUCUGACAUUUGACAUUCCUCUUAGAGGAAAGCCCAUGCCAAAAGUCACUGUGUCCAAAAAUAACAUCGUCAUCAAGGCAUCUAAGAGGCUUUUAACAGAAGUAACUCCAGAUAGCUUAAUAAUCACUUUUAAUGAAAGUAUUUCUAGUGAUGCUGGCAAGUAUGAAAUUACAGCUUCAAACAUAGCCGGUACCUCCAAAAUCUUUAUUAUUUUUGUUGUUCUGUCCAAACCUGGACCUCCCAUUGGUCCAGUUCAGAUUGGGGAAGUAGGAGAAACCACAGUUUGUCUAAAAUGGGAUCCUCCAGACUAUGAUGGAGGCAGUCCUGUAACCAAUUACAUUGUUUUAAAACGUGAAACAAGCACUCCUUCUUGGACAGAAGUAUCAAAGAGUGUUGCUAGAAACUCCAUCAAAGUGACAAAGCUAACCAAGGGGGAAGAAUAUCAGUUUAGAAUCAAAGCUGAGAAUCGCUUUGGGGCCGGUGACCACAUUGACAGUAAACCAGUCAUGAUCAAGCUUCCUUACACAACAUCUGGACCUCCAUCUACACCAUGGGUUAGCCAUGUAUCUAGAGACAGCCUUACAGUCUGCUGGAAUGAACCAGUCAAUGAUGGUGGAAGUCCUGUGAUCGGAUAUCACCUACAGAUGAAAGAGAGAAGUAGCAUUCUCUGGCAAAAGAUCAACAAAACAGCAAUUCCAGGAAACCAAUGGCGGGUUACAAACAUCUGCCCUGGACUUAUCUAUGAGUUCAAAGUUGCAGCUGAAAAUGCUGCUGGCAUUGGAAAACUGAGCAAAACCUCAGAGGAGGUGCUUGCUAUUGAUGCCUGUGAGCCCCCAGCAAAUGUUCGAAUCACAGAGGUGACCAAGAAUUCAGUGAGUUUGGUCUGGCAAAGGCCUCCAUAUGAUGGUGGCAGCAAGAUAACUGGCUACAGUUUGGAGAGGAGGGAAGCUUCUAAUGGCAGAUGGGUGAAGGCCAACUUUACAAACAUCAUUGAACUCGGCUUUACCGUAUCUGGAUUAAGUCAGGAUGAAUCAUAUGAAUUUAGAGUAUUUGCAAAAAAUGCUGUUGGAUCAGUCAGUAACCCAUCUCUUAUUGCUGGGCCUGUCACAUGUGUUGAUGCUUGCGGUACUCCAGCUAUUGAUCUUCCCCCUGAGUAUUUGGAUGUGGUUCAUUACAAGGCUGGAUCCUCAGUUAAACUCAGAGUAGGAAUAAUUGCUAAACCUUUGCCAACUAUCGCAUGGCUUAAGGAUGGGAAGGAGCUGGUGACGAGCUCUACUGUGUCUGUGGAAAGCACAACGGACUCCUCUGCUGUUCUAAUUAAAGAUGCAACACGCUUUGACACAGGCUCAUAUGAAAUAAAGAUUAAAAAUGUUUUCGGAUCAGCAUCAGCCACCAUCAGGAUUGAAAUCAUUGACAAACCUGGACCUCCGGCAGGUAUCAUUAACUAUAACUUAAUCACAGCAGAAAUGAUCAUCUUUAGUUGGGAACCUGUUCCUGAAUCUGACCAAGGAGGUUCAAAAGUGACACACUACAUUGUCGAGAGACGGGAAACCAGCAGAGUGGUCUGGUCAACAGUUUCUGAUAAGCACGAGCAGACGCACAUCACUGUUGGCAAGCUUGUGCGUGGCAAUGAGUAUGUGUUCCGUGUUAUGGGUGUUAACAAGUUUGGAGUUGGAGAACCUCUAGAGUCAGAACCAGUCAUUGCUAAGAAUGCUUUUGUAACUCCUGGCCAGCCUCGUACACCUGAAGUGACGACCAUCACCAAGUCUACAAUGUUGGUAGAAUGGGACAAACCAGGUGUAGAUGGCGGUAGCACAGUAACUGGCUACUAUCUCGAGAGACGAGACAAAAAAAGUCUGCGCUGGAUCAGAGUCUACAAAGAUCCCAUCGCUGACACGAAACAGAGUGUGUACCACCUAACAGAAGGCAAUGAGUACCAGUAUCGUGUUUGUGCUAUUAACAAAGCUGGUGAGGGGCCGUUCUCUGAUGCAUCAGACUAUUAUAAGGCUGCAGACCCAGUUGAUCCACCAUAUGAGCCCUGUAAACUGAGGUGGUUGGACUCCACCAAGACAUCCAUUACCCUGGGUUGGUCCAAACCAGAAUGGGAUGGAGGAAGUGAGAUCACUAGCUACAUGGUGGAAAAGCUUGUUGAAGGACAGCAGGAGUGGGAGAUGAUUACUUCUAAGGGGGAGGUGAAGACUACAGAGUAUACUGUUCACCAACUACAGCCAAAUGUAAACUACUUCUUCAGAGUUUCUGCUGUUAAUUCUGCUGGUCGUGGAGAACCCUUAGAGAUGACUGAAGCAGUGCAAGCAAAGGACAUCUUAGAGGAGGCUCAGGUCGACUCAGAUGUUGCCAUGAGAACACACUACAUUGUAAAAGCUGGAAAAGACGUUGAGCUCUGCGUUCCUCUGAAGGGAAGACCUGCUCCUAUUGCUUCCUGGAGUAAAGAAGAAGAAUGCAUAGAUUGCAACCCCAAAUACGAGUUCCACCAUUCAGAUUCAACCACAGUGCUUGUUAUGCGUGAUGUUACCCGCCUUGACACUGGAAAAUACACAGUUAAGAUACAGAAUGGUGUGGGAGAGCCAAAGACGCUGACUCUCUCUGUAAAGGUCCAGGACACACCUGCUCAGUGCAGGAAUUUGGUCCUGAAAGAUGUCUCCCGUGGAAAGGUCACUCUGGUCUGGGAACGACCUCUCUUAGACGGUGGUGCUGAUAUUACAAACUACAUUGUUGAAAAGAGAGACUCUUCCAAGAGAUCAUACUCUGCAGUGACCAACAAAUGCACAGAAACAACAUACACCAUUGAAGAUCUGUCAGAAAAAACAUCUUACUUCUUCCGUGUGUUAGCAGAAAAUGAGAAUGGCGUCGGUGACCCAUGUGAUACACGUGAGCCUGUCAAGGCUACAGAGACUCCAGGACCAGUCAAGGAAGUCUCUAUGAAAGACUCCUCCAAGACUUCUGUUACUUUGCAGUGGCUUAAACCCGAUUAUGAUGGGGGCAGCAUAAUCUCUGAUUAUGUUAUUGAGAAGAAGAUGAAAGAUGAGGAAUGGUCAUUGGGAGGGACCAGCAGACAAUGUGAGCUUGAAGUCAAGAAGCUCAAAGAGCAUUCUGAAAUGUUUUUCAGAGUUGCAGCUAGGAAUGAGAAAGGACAGGGUGACUUUGUUGAGGUUGGGCCUAUUAAAGUCAUCGAUUACAUUAUCACUCCAGAAGCAGACCUUUCAGAAUACCCAAAUGGCACAAUCAAUAUUCGUCUUGGUCAUAAUCUACACAUUGAGCUACCAUACAAAGGAAAGCCUAGACCUUCUGCUUCAUGGUUGAAAGACAGUUUACCUCUGAAGGAGAGCGACCAAGUGCGCUUUAAGACAACAGAAAACAAAGCCACUAUAAUGAUUAAGAAUAUUAAGAAGGAAAACGAGGGAAAAUACACGCUAACCCUUGACAACAAGAUUAACAGGAAAUCCUUCCACAUUUUUGUUGUCACACUUGGCCCACCAUCGAAGCCUGUUGGACCUAUACGUUUGGAUGAAGUCAGAGCAGAGAGCAUCAUGAUCUCCUGGGAUGAACCCAAUGAUGAUGGUGGUGGAGACAUCACUUGCUAUGCAGUUGAGAAGCGUGAUACCUCCAAGUCUGACUGGAAAAUGGCCUGCUCUAGUGUGGAAGGAACUCAGUUCAGGAUCCCCAACCUAAUUAAAGGAGUUCAGUACCAGUUUAGAGUCUGUGCUGAAAACAGGUAUGGUGUCAGUGAGCCUCUGGUCUCACAGAUGGUUAUUGCCAAACACCAGUUUAGGCCCCCAGGCCCACCAGGCAAGCCCAUAGUAUAUAAUGUCACCAAUGAUGGCAUGACCAUCCAGUGGGAGAAACCAAUCUAUGAUGGUGGAACCCCCAUCCAAGGAUACCAUGUGGAGAAGAAAGAAAAAAACAGCAUCAUGUGGCAAAAGGUGAACACAGUCCUGAUUAAAGAAAACGACUACAGGAUCUUGGAACUGAUUGAAGGGCUCGAGUACUCCUUCAGAGUGUAUGCUCAGAACGAUGCUGGCUUCAGCAGAAUGGGCGAUGAGAGCAAGCCAACAAUGGCUGUCAGUCCUGUUGAUCCCCCUGGCCAGCCUGACUACAUUGAUGUGACCAGUGACUCUGUGACGUUAAAAUGGGAUGCACCUAAACGCGAUGGUGGUAGCAAGAUUACAAGUUACAGCAUUGAGAAACGUCAAGGAAAAGGUCGUUGGUUCAAGGCAAAUUUGACUGAUGUGCAUGACUGUCAGCACACAGUUACUGGUCUGACAACAAAUGAACGAUAUGAGUUCAGGGUAAUUGCAAGAAAUGCCAUUGGGGUUAUAAGUCCUCCAUCCAAUUCUUCUGGCCUGAUUGUUGUAAGAAGUGAAAAUGCCUCUCCAAAUAUUGAGUUUGGCCCAGAGUACUUUGAGGGUUUGAGUGUCAAAGCAGGUGAAAACCUCAAACUCAAGGUGACUGUCACAGGGCGACCAGUACCAAAGGUAAUUUGGUACAAAGAUGAUGUAGAGAUUACCAAAAAGAUGAUGGACAUCACUAACAUUCCUGGAUCAAGCACCCUAUUUGUCAGGGAUGCAGAUCGUACAUAUCGUGGCCUUUACACAAUAGAGGCUACCAACGGAUCUGGUACCAAGAAGGAAAGCAUUCUUGUCCAAGUCCAAGACACUCCUGGAGAGCCAGUAGGACCCAUCAUCUUUAGUAAUAUUUCUGAGGGCAAGUGCACUCUGUCUUGGAACCCACCAGAGAAUGAUGGUUGUUCAGAAAUUUUACAUUACAUUAUUGAGAAAAGAGAGACUGCCAAGAUCUCUUGGGCCUUAGUAACAAAUGAAUGUACGGAAUGCAUCUUUAAUGCAACUAAACUCAUUAAAACCAAUGAGUACCAGUUCAGGGUCUCUGCUGUUAACAAGUUUGGUGUUGGCAGACCUUUGGAAUCUAUUCCCAUCAUUGCACAAAUGCAGUACACAACUCCUGAUGCUCCAGGAACUCCUGAUGCCACUGAGGUGACAGGUGAAAGCAUCACCCUAUCCUGGACUCCUCCAACGUCUGAUGGAGGAAAUCCUGUCAAGUCUUACAUUCUUGAAAAACGAGAAAAGAAAACAUUGCGAUUCUACAAAGUCCUUACCAAAAAGCCUAUCAUUGAAUGUGCUCACAAGGUGACAAACCUGACUGAAGAUGUGGAAUAUGAGUUCCGUGUUAUGGCUGUUAAUGAUGCCGGAGUUGGUGCACCUAGCAACAUCUCCAUACCUAUCAAAGCAGCUGAGCCAAAAGAUAUUCCCUGUGCCCCAUCUGUGGUCUGUGUGUCAGACUCUACGAACACCUCCAUUAGCUUGGAGUGGACCAAGCCUGUGGAUGAUGGAGGGAUGGAGAUCCUUGGCUACAUUAUUGAGAUGAUUAAAGGGGAGGAGACUGAAUGGAAGAGAGUAAAUGAAGAGCUUGUAGCAGAAACAAAUUACAAAGUAACUGGUUUGCAAACAGGAGCUGAGUACAAAUUCCGCGUUGCAGCCGUUAACCAUAUUGGUAGAGGAGAAGACCAAGAGACACCAGAACAUGCUCAGGCCAUUGAUAGGUUGACACCACCACAGGUGGAUAUUGAUGCCACAUUUAAGCAGACACACAUUCUCAAGGCUGGAGGAUCAGUAUGUCUUGGUAUCCACUUUAGAGGACAGCCCAUUCCAACUUGUACCUGGUUAAAGGAGGAAGGAGAGAUAGGUGCGAUGUCAGAGAUCACAACUACUGAUAAAUACAGUUCCUUAAGUAUUGAAAACUGCUCAAGAAAUGAUACAGGCAAAUACACUGUUAAUCUGGAAAAUGCCAGUGGCAGCAAAUCCCUGACAUUUGUUGUGAAAGUAAUGGACACUCCUGGACCUCCUCAGGCUGUAGCUUUCAAAGAGGUAUCUAGAGGCUCUGUCACACUAGUCUGGAAGCCGCCUCUCAAUGAUGGUGGGAGCCGUAUAUAUCACUAUAUUGUUGAGAGGCGUGAAGCCAGCCGCCGCACUUGGCAACAGUGUGGUGCCAAGUGCACUCAGCAUUUACUAAUGGUUCAGGACCUCCUUGAGGGUGUACCAUACUUUUUCCGAGUGUCCGCUGAAAACCAGCAUGGUGUAGGGGAGGCCUUCGAGCUUCCUGACCCAGUUACUGCCACUGCAGAACCAGCAUCUCCCAAAAAAUUGGAGAUUCUCGACACUACAGACAGCUCUGUUUCACUUGGCUGGCUGAAACCAGAGCAUGAUGGUGGCAGUCGAAUCCAGUGUUACACCAUUGAGGCCAGGCCAAAAGGUACAGACAAAUGGGUAGUGGUUGGUAACACAAAAAAUCUUAUGUAUGUAGUGGAGAAGCUCAACAAAGGUGAAGAAUAUGACUUCUGCGUGAAAGCAAAAAAUGAAGCUGGUUACAGUAAGCCGAAGGAGACUGUGGCUCCUGUCCUUGUCAAAGAGCCUCACAUUGAACCUGCUGCUGACUUAAGUGAUAUAGCAAACCAACUUAUCACGUGCAAUUCUGGUAAAACCUUUAUCAUUGACGUUCCUAUAAGUGGAAGACCCACUCCUAAGGUUACCUGGAAGUUAGAGGAGAUGAGGCUAAAGAGCUCCGACAGAGUCACCAUUAAAGUCACAAAGGAUAGAACUAGCAUCUCCGUCAGAGAGGCCAUGAGAGGUGAUGGUGGUAAAUACUACCUUACUCUGGAAAAUGCUGCAGGAACAAGGACCUUUGUUGUUGCAGUUAACGUCACAGGCAGACCAAGUCCUCCAACUGGACCAAUUGAAAUAUCAUCCAUCACCUCUGAGUCAUGUGUAAUUAACUGGCAACCACCUGAGGAUGAUGGUGGCAUGGAUAUCACCAACUACAUAGUAGAAAAGCGUGAAUCUGGUUCCACGGCAUGGCAGCUAAUCAAUUCCAGUGUGAAGCGCACUUCUCUUCACAUCGGUCACCUGACCAAGUACAUGCAGUACACAUUCAGAGUCUCUGCUGAAAACAGACUUGGUGUCAGCAAGCCCACUGAGUCCGAGACUAUCGUUGCAGAACAUCCUUUCUCCCCACCAGGCUCCCCAACAAAACCCACAGUCUGCAAUGUUACAGCUAGCACAAUGACACUGAAAUGGGAGGAACCCUACCACGAUGGUGGCAGCAAGGUGACAGGCUAUUGGAUUGAGAAAAAAGAGAGGAACAAUAUCCUGUGGGUUAGGGACAACAAGAUUCCAUGCUUUGAGUGCUACUACAAGGCAGAAGGUCUAGUUGAAGGUCUGGAAUACCAGUUUAGAGUUUAUGCUAUGAACAGUGCUGGUUUAAGUAAAGCCAGUGAAGCCUCUAAAGGAGCAGUAGCUCAAAAUCCAGUUGAUCCACCAAGCAAGCCAGAAGUCACAAAGGUUACUAGAACCACUGUUUCCCUCAAAUGGUCACCCCCAUUGAAUGAUGGCGGCAGUCCCAUUGUGGGCUACAUAAUUGAACGUAAACCAUACACUUUGACUGGUGAGGGCCGCUGGUUAAAGUGUAAUUACACAAACGUAACGGACAACUUUUUCACCGUUACCGCCCUGGGAGAGGGAGAGCCGUAUGAGUUCAGAAUCAUUGCCAAGAAUGCUAACCAAGUCUUUAGCACACCUUCUGACUCAACUGGGUCUGUCCAGUGCAAGACAGAUUUUGAACCACCCAAGGCCCAGUUGGACAGUAAGCUACUCUCUGAAACUGUAAUGGUGCGAGCUGGUUCAGACUUAGUUCUGGAUGCUGCAGUUGGAGGCAGACCUGAUCCUAAGGCCUUUUGGUCCAAAGGUAGCAGAGAACUGGAGAUAUGUGAGAAAUACCACCUGCAGUACACCCCAACCAAGGCUAUGGCCAUCAUCAAAUUCUGUGACAGAGAUGACACUGGAAAAUACAUUCUUACUGUUAGGAAUGUAAGUGGAACCAAGACUGCAGAGGUGAACGUGAAAGUACUCGAUACACCUGGAGUAUGUGAAGGUAGCAUUGAGAUCAGCAAAAUAACAGAGGAGUCAUGCACAUUGAGCUGGAAGCCUCCUCUUGAGGAUGGUGGCGAUGAGGUCUCUCACUACAUUGUAGAGAGACGAGACACCAACAGACUUAACUGGGUGAUCAUGAAUGCAAGGUGUAAAGAGCUCACCUGCAACAUUACUGGCCUGUUCAAGAACACAGAGUACCUGUUCAGAGUCUGUGGAGUCAACAAAUAUGGAGCUGGAAUUUACCUCCAAUCAAAGCCAGUGGUGGCAAAAAAUACAUUUACUGUGCCAACUCCCCCUGGACCUCCAGAGAUACUGGCAUCAGGAAAAGAUUUUGCCACAAUUCAGUGGCUGAAGCCUGAAAGUGAUGGCGGUAGCCCACUACUGCAUUACCUUGUUGAAAGGCGUGAGAAGAAGAGUGCUCGCUGGGUAAAGGUGAACAGAGAUGGGGCUCACCUGGACACCACUUUGAAAGUGUCUGGUCUGACUGAAAGCAACAUCUACCAAUUCAGAGUAACAGCCAUCAACAAAGCCGGAGAAAGUGAACCUAGUGAGGUCUCUUUGUAUGUCACCUGCAGGGUGCCAACAUGUGUCCCUGCACCACCCUCAAUUCCUCGAAUCACUGACACACAAGCUGACAGUAUCAGCCUAGCCUGGUCUCGACCUGUAGAUGAUGGAGGAGCUGAUGUUAUUGGGUACAUCCUCGAGGUAAAAGAAUCUGGAACAGAAGAAUGGAAAAAAGCGCAUGAAAAAAUCCUGCGUGCUACAGAAUACGUACUGGCUGGACUUUCUUCAGCCAAAAAGUACUGCUUUAGAGUGGCAGGCAUCAACAUCAAUGGUACAGGAGAUUUCAGUGAACCCUGUGCUGAGACUGAGCCAGCUGAGAGAAUUGAAACCCCUGAUUUUGAACUCCAUGAUGACUUAAAGAAGACAAUUUGCUUGCGUGCUGGUGGAUCGCUGCGUUUUCACAUCAAGAUUACUGGUCGUCCGGCUCCUUCCGUUAUUUGGAGCAAGCCUGAUGUUGACCUUCAUAAUAGAGGCUUUGUUGAGGUCACUAAGACAUCAACUACUCUUAUCAUUGACAAGGUCAAUCGGUAUGAUGCUGGCAAGUACACAGUUGUGGCUGAGAACUGUGCUGGAAAACAUGAAGCUCACAUCCUUGUAAAGGUGUAUGAUACUCCUGGACCACCUGGGCCAAUCAAUAUCAAAGAGCUCACAAAGGAGUCUGCAACCAUUUCUUGGGAAGCUCCAGCUGUAGAUGGAGGUGCUCCUGUCAACAACUACAUUAUUGAAAGGCGUGAGGCCUCCAUGAGGGCAUACAAAACAGUCACAUCAAAAUGCAGUAAAACAUCCUAUAAAAUUGAUGGCCUAAUGGAGGGCAUGCUAUAUUACUUCCGUGUUCUACCUGAAAACAUUUAUGGUGUUGGGGAGCCCUGUGAGACUCCUGACGUCAUCCUGGUUUGUGAUGUACCGCUACCUCCGCACAAGCUGGAAAUGAUCGAUGUCACCAAGAGUUCUGUUACUCUUGGCUGGGAAAAGCCUGAGCAUGAUGGCGGUAGUAGACUAACGGGCUACAUCGUUGAAGCUUGCAAGUUUGGCACUGACAAGUGGAUGAAGGUUGCAACGCUGAAAGUCACAGACUUUGAGCACACCAUUGAGAAACUAAAUGAAAAGGAACAGUACUUGUUCAGAAUCAAAGCUGUCAACAGCCGAGGAGCCAGUGAGCCUAAAGAACUUGUUGCUCCUGUCACUAUACAAGAACAGAGAGUGAUGCCUGUGGUGGACUUCUCUUGUAUACCUCAAAAGGUUGUCAAUGUCCUUGCCGGUAAGACCUUGGAAUUAGAUCUCCCGAUCAUUGGCAGACCUCCACCUGUUUGUUCCUGGUACUUUGGGGAUCAGAAAAUCAAGAUAACUGAUCGUGUCAAGACCAAGAGCUCUGGAAAGUUCUCCAAACUGAUAGUGUCUGACACCACCAUUGAUGACACUGGUGACUACACGUUGGAGGUGAAGAAUACUGUUGGUGUCCUCACUGAGGUCAUCAAGGUCAUCAUUCUGUCCAAACCUGACGAACCCAGUGGGCCAAUCCGAUUUGAUGAGAUUGAUAGCACCUCGGUAACCUGCAGCUGGGAUCCCCCAGUUAGAGAUGGUGGAACUACCCUCACUGGAUACGUAGUGGAACAGCGUGAUGCUCACAGACCUGGUUGGGUGCCUGUCAGUGACUCUGUUAGCCGCCCAACAUUUAAAUUUAAUAACCUUAUUGAAGGGGAGGAGUAUGUCUUCCGUGUAGCUGCCACAAAUCGUUACGGCACUGGAGAGUUUUUGCAGUCUGAGAUUGUCACUUGCAGAAGCAUGAACAAUGUGCCUGGACCUCCAGGGCGUCCUGUCACAUUUGAUGUGUCUCGUGAUGGCAUGACUGUGGCUUGGGAACCACCAGAAGAAGAUGGUGGUCUUGAAGUUUCUGGAUACAUUAUUGAGCGCAAAGAAGUAAGAUCUGAUAGAUGGGUGCGUGCCAACAAGAACCCUGUCACAAUGACAAGGUAUAGAUCUACAGAGCUUAUUGAGGGUCUGGAGUAUGAGCACAGAAUAACUGCCAUCAAUCCCAGAGGACAAAGUAAGCCUAGUCUGCCAUCUAAACCAGCAGUGGCGACCGACCCCAUUGAUCCACCUGGUUCUCCUCAAAAUCCAAGAAUCACAGAUACCACCAAAUCUUCAGUGUCUCUGGCUUGGAGUCCUCCAGAUGAUGAGGGAGAUGCAAGAGUUGAUGGUUAUAUGAUUGAAAUGCAAAAGGUGGGAAGUGUGACUUGGGUCAAGUGUAACACUACACCAUCUUUAAUCUGUGAGUACACACUUACCAACAUGCCCCAAGGAGAAGAGUUCAAAUUCCGUGUCAUGGCCUGUAAUGCUGGUGGCUGUGGAGAGCCUGCUGAAGUUCCUGGUACAGUCAUUGUUAAGGAGAUGUUGGAAUCUCCCGAUUAUGAACUGGACUUGAAAUACAGAGAUGUAUACGUGGUCCGCCAUGGAGGAGUCAUAAGACUUUCUGUACCUAUUAAAGGAAAACCUCAACCAACCUGCAAGUGGUCAAAGGAUGGUGAUACAGUCUCCACCAAGGCCAUGAUUGCCUCAUCUGAAGAUGGCAGUGAGUUGGUCAUAAAGGGAGCAGAGAGAAGUGAUUCUGGAGUGUAUGGUCUCCAUUUGGAAAACGCAGUGGGCAAGAAGAAAGCCCAAAUAAAGGUGAAGGUAAUUGGCCGCCCAAGCGCUCCAGAGGGACCAUUGGUCUUUGAAGAGAUCCAAGCUAACUCUGUCAAAGUGUCCUGGAAGGCAUCGACCGAUAAUGGGGGCUCUGAAAUCAUUGGAUACAUUGUAGAAAGACGUGAGGCAACCAGAAAUGCAUGGUACACUGUGGACUCUAGAGUCACAGAAACUCAGCUUGUUGUUAAAGGCUUAAAGGAGGGAACCGAGUACCACUUCAAAGUCACAGCUGAAAACUCAUUUGGUAUCAGUGCAUCUCUGAAGACUGAGCAGCCAGUGGUACCAAAGACUCCUCUCUGUCCUCCUGAGCUCUCAAGUACCCCACCAGAGAUCAUGGAUGUUACCAAGAGCUCAGUGGCACUAGCCUGGUCCAGGCCAAAGGACGAUGGUGGUUCUGCUAUCACAGGCUAUUAUGUCGAGUACAAAGAGACAACAGUGGAGACAUGGUCCCGCCAUCAAGCCAAGAUCACCUCAACCAUGUUUACUCUUCAUGGAUUAACUCCGGAUACAUCCUACCAGUUCCGCAUUGUUGCUGUUAAUGAUAUUGGAGAGAGUGAAGCUGGAGUUGAAUCUGACGUUGUCACAUGUAAAGAUCCAUUUGACAAGCCCAGCCAACCUGGCGAGAUUGACACAGUGAACAUAAGUAACAACUUUAUUACUAUCCGCUGGCAAGCUCCCGAGUGUGAUGGUGGAAAAGAGGUCUUGGGCUACUGGGUGGAAUGCAGAAAGUCCAUUGAGAGCUCAUGGAAGAAAUGCAACAAGCAGAGGCUGAAAGAAAAGGAAUUUACCAUGACAGGACUGGCCGAGGCAACGGAAUAUGAGUUUAGAGUGUUUGCUGAGAACGAGACAGGAAUAAGCAGACCUCGAAGGACAGCCACAUGCAUUAAAACAAAACUGACUGUUGAAAAUAAACCAAGCCUGAGAAAAGAAAUGGAUGAAGUGACUGCUAAACUUGGCCAGCCUGCUGUCAUGAAAUGUCAGAUUAUUGGCCGUCCUGUUCCUGAGAUUAAGUGGUAUCAUGCAGGCAGGGAAAUUAUUGCUUCCCGCAAAUAUGAGAUGAGCUCUGAUGGACGUAACCACUCUCUGUCUAUUAUGACAGACCAACAGGAGGAUGAGGGAGAAUACACCUGCAAGGCUAUUAAUGAUGCAGGUGAAGCAGAAACAAAAGGAGUUCUUGUGUUGGAGGCAGCUUCAUCCUUUCACCCAGAUUACCCUCUAAAGGAAACCUAUUAUGCUGGACUUGGAACAACUCUGAGAGUCCAUGCAGUUUAUAUUGGACGUCCAGAACCUAAAAUAAUGUGGCUGCAUGGAGCAAAGACACUCGAGAACACUGAUGACAUCAGCAUUGAGACUACAGAGUAUUAUACACACCUGGUCAUCAAGAAUGUCCAGCGUAGAGUCCAUGGAGGAAAGUACAGGAUAAGAUUACACAACCACUUUGGCCGGGCUGACACUGCUUUCAAUGUUGAGAUCUAUGACAAACCUGAUGUGCCUCAGGGUCCUAUUGUCCUUGAUGCGCUCCUGAAGAAUUCUGUCAUUAUCAGUUGGAAGCCCCCCAAGGAUGAUGGCGGCUGUCUCAUUACCAAUUAUAUAGUGGAAAAGCGUGAAGACAAGGAAGGCACAGAGUGGGAGCUGGUGUCUUCGUCCAUUAAUGGCACAAAUUGCAGAGUGCCUAACCUUGUUGACAGUGCUGGAUACUUCUUCCGUGUUUAUGCCCAAAAUCGCUAUGGUAACAGUGAGCCACUAGAGCUCACUAACCCCAUCCUGAUCAAGAGUCAGUUAGAAAAGCCUUCACCACCUUUGUCACCAGUUGUCUCUGGAAUCACCAAAGACUCGUGUGUAGUUUCCUGGAAACCUCCACUUAGUGAUGGAGGAUCCAAAAUCAAGAGCUAUUGCCUUGAGAAGAAACACAAGAAGGAUAAGAAAGAAUGGACUGAGUGGACUUUGGUGACAACAGAUGAGAUCAAACAAACCGUAUAUUCAGUCAAGCACCUAAUUGAGGGCAUCAUGUAUGUCUUCCGUGUAAAGUGUGAGAACCUUGGAGGACAAAGUGACUACAGUGAAGAGACCCCUCCUAUCAUUCCAGCCACAGCAAUUGAUAUCCGUGCACCUGCCUUCAAAGAGGAGCUAAGAAACAUGAGCGUUAAGUACAAGAGCAACGCUACCCUUGUUUGCAAGAUUGUGGGGCAGCCAAAGCCUGUAAUAAAGUGGUUUAGAAGAGGAAAAGAGAUCCAGUCUGAUGGAAAGAAAAUCAAAAUCCAGGAAUUUAAGGGAGGAUACCAUCAGCUGGUCAUCACUGAAGCUGAUGAGGAGGACUCCACAGUUUACCAGAUCAGAGCCACAAACCAGGGAGGCUCUAUUUGUGCAACAGUCUCUCUGGAUGUUGAAGUCCCAGCCAAAAUCAACUUGCCAAAGAACCUUAAAGACAAAGAAGCCAUUCCAGCCUUGCGUGGGGAGGUGGUGAAUAUCAAGGUUCCUUUCAGUGGUAAACCAGAUCCUGUCAUUACUUGGCAGAAGGGACAAGAUCUACUUGACAGCAAUGGCCACUACCAAGUUAUUGUCACCAGAUCCUUUACUGCAUUAAUCUUCCCUAAUGGCGUAGAAAAGAAGGAUGCAGGUUUCUAUAUUGUCUGUGCCAAGAACAGAUUUGGAAUUGACCAGCAAACUGUUGAACUGGACGUUGCUGAUGUGCCUGAUCCACCACGUGGCAUUAAAGCCAGUGAUAUCUCCAAAGAUUCUGUCACAUUGAACUGGAUGACCCCAGCAAAUGAUGGCGGCAGUAAGGUUGCAAGCUAUAUUAUAGAGAAAUGCCCCACUACAGCUGAGAGAUGGCAGCGAGUUGCCCAAUCCCGUGACACCCACUAUACUGUAACCAACUUAUUUGGAGGAACAAGCUAUCAGUUCAGAGUCAUUGCUGAAAAUAAGUUUGGACAGAGUGCCCCAUCUGAGACAAGUGGGCCUGUCAUGACAAAGGAAGACAAAUCCAAAGUUCUCCUUUAUGACAGGGAGGUUGAUGAUACUGGGCAUGUCCCCAAAGGCAAAGUUCAACACUCAGAUUCCAAGAAUUUGCACAACAAAUAUGCUAUUGCAGAGGAACUGGGAAGAGGUCAAUUUGGCAUUGUCCACCGCUGUGUCAACAUAAGCUCUGAAAAGACCUACAUGGCUAAAUUUGUUAAAGUGAGAGGGGCUGAUCAGGCGAUAAUCAAGAAGGAAAUUGCUACCCUAAAUCUAGCAAAACAUACUAACUUCCUUCUACUUCAUGACAGUUUUGAAAGUCCAGAAGAACUGGUAAUGAUCUUUGACUUCAUGUCUGGUUGUGACAUCUUUGAACGGCUCAGUACAGCAGAAUUUGAGCUUAAUGAACGGGAAAUUGUUAAUUACAUCAGACAGAUCUGUUCAGCCCUGGAGUUUCUUCAUGGUCAGAGCUAUGGGCACUUUGAUAUAAGACCUGAGAACAUUGUGUACACAACUAGAACUAGCUCCAAUGUAAAGAUUAUUGAGUUGGGACAGUCCAGACAUCUGACUCCAGGAGACCAAAUAAAGAUUCAGUAUACCACUGCUGAAUACGCUGCACCUGAGAUCCACCAGUGUGAUAUGGUUAGCACAGUCACUGACAUGUGGUCAGUCGGUGUUCUUGCCUACGUACUCCUAAGUGGCCUUAAUCCAUUCACAGCUGAAACCAACCAACAAAUGAUUGAUAACAUCUCUGGUGCAACCUACAGCUAUGACGAUGAAUCCUUCAAACAAGUUAGUGUAGAAGCAUUAGAUUUCACAGAUCGCUUGAUGACGAAGGAACGUAAACAUCGUAUGACGGCUGCUGAGGCCAUGAAACAUCCUUGGCUCACAAAGCCCACAGAGGAGAUCAGUGCCAGAGUAAUUCCAACCAACAGGCACAAAAGAUACUACCAGACAAUGUUAAGAAAAGAGUGGCAAACAGUUGUCCCGGCUGCACGUGUGGCCAGUGGUGGAUCCAUCAGGUCUCAGCGUGGCGUCUUUGUUUCCAAAGUUAAAAUUGCUCCAUUUGAACAUGGUCCUAUUGCCGGUCAGAUAGGCCAUGCAGUUGUAAACGAAGGGGAUAGUGUGAAGUUCAUCUGCCACAUUGAUAACUAUGAUAGUAGCACUGAGGUGACAUGGUUCUGUGGUGUUAGGCAACUUGAAGGUGGAGACAAGUAUGAAAUUGAAUAUGAGGAUGGUUUAGCUGUCAUCAACAUCCUUAACGUUACAAGAGCACAUGAUGGCACUUACAGGUGCAAAGUUGUGAAUGAGUAUGGUGAAGACAGUGCCUAUGCUGAGCUGUUUAUCAGUGGUGUAAGAUCUUACCAUGAUUUCUUCACCACCCGUGUGGUAAGGAGAACAAAGCGCAGAGUUGACACUGCCAGAAUGCUUCAGAAGCCCCCAGAGUUCACCCUUCCUUUAGUUAACCACACAGCCUAUAUCGGUGAGGACGUACGCUUUGGUGUUACUAUCACUGUUCACCCAGAGCCUCGUGUUAUUUGGCACAAAUCUGGACAAAAGCUGAUACCUGGACAAGACGACAGAAAAUAUACCUUCAUCAAUGAAAAGGGUUUAUACCAGUUAAUAAUCCGCCGUGUGGAUAUGGAAGAUGAUGCUGAAUACAGUGUUGUGGCCCGUAACAGAUAUGGUGAUGACAGCUGCAAGGCUCGCCUAACUGUUGUACCACGACCUAAACCAGCAGACCUAACCUUAAGGCCAAUGUUUAAACGACUGCUUGCAAAUGUUGAGUGUAGAGAGGGCCAGAAUGUUCGCUUUGAGAUUAGAGUUUCUGGCCACCCGGCACUAAAGUGGGAGAAGGAUGGCACACCUUUGGCCUUUGGACCAUCAAUUGAGGUUGUCCAUGAAGGCCUGGACUACUACAUCCUUCAUGUGAGAGACACUUUACCUGAAGACUCUGGAGUGUACAGAGUUACUGCCACAAACUCUGCCGGUUCUGCGAGUUGUCAAGCAUCACUCAAAGUAGAACGCUCAACUCAUGUUAAAAAAGAAUAUGAAGUUAGCGAAAAAGAAGCAAAACAAAUAGCUGGGAAAGAGGAAUUGGAUAAGAAAGUCAGACUGUCUCAAAUAUUGGCAGGCACUGUUGUCUCACCUUUACCACCUGCUGCAGUACAAGCUGUCAGGGAGGCAGCUACUAUGUUCAAACCUGCUGUUGCCACUAAGAAGGGUGAGAAGACAGAAGCAGAGAUCAAGAAAGAGCAAGAAGAAAGGAAAAAGCGGGCAGAUGAGAAAAGGCUCCGUAUGCCUUAUGUCGUACCUACACCUCGUGUCAUUAACCCAGCUGUUCUCGAGGAGGAUGUGGAAAUAAAAUACUUUAAGCCACUCUCUGACAUGAAAUGGUACAAGACGCUACGAGAUCAGUAUGAGUUCCCUGAGCCAAUGGAGAAAAUUAGUCAAAAGAGAAUGAAACGCAUUCGCCUGUCCAGGUGGGAGCAGUUCUACGAAGUGCCCAUGAGAGUCAAGGAGCAGUAUAAGCCUAAGUGGCGCUUUGAUGCUAUGGCUCUAGAUGACUUGGAGACUGUGAGACCUGCAAGGCAUCAUGCUUCUUCGCCCGAGACUGAAGCCUACCGCAGAAUCAGAAGAAGAUCUUUGGGUGACCUCUCAGACGAGGAGCUGCUGCUGCCUGCUGACGAGUAUCUGACAAUGAAAAGAACAGAGGAAGAGAGGCUACGUCUUGAAGAGGAACUGGAGCUCGGCUACUCUGCUUCUCCCCCAAGCCUCAGCCCAGUUCGCUUUGAGCUAUCAGCUUUACGUGCCUCAUCUCCCAGAAGAAUCUAUCAUGAUGAUGAAGAGGAAGAGGAGGUCAAAAGCUAUGAUUCUUACAGAAUUCCAUCCAAAUAUGAAGCUGGUCCUAGCUUUGUUGAUCUCCGUCAGCGUCAUGACAAAGCAACCCACAAGCCGCCAAGACAAAAGCAAAGGGUAUAUGAAGAGAAAGAGGACUUGGAGCUUCUGCGCCCACACACAACCACUCAGAGAAUCUCGUCUUACAAGAGUCAACUCAGACGCAUGGAAUUUGAAGAGAGGACACAAAGCUCCAAAAAGGAAAUGGCUGUAAAAAUGUCAUCAUUUUCUGAGGCCUCUGAGUCAGAACAUUUGACAACUGUUACUUCAGAAUAUCUUCUUAAACCAAUCAAAAAGGAAUCUUCACUGGAAUCAGACACCAAAAGAUCAUCUAGCAGAGAGAAGGCUUCCAAAACAGAUGUUACUCUGCCCAAAGUGGACUUUUUGUCCAGGUAUGAGGAAAGAAAGCAGGCUCUCAGAUCAGAGAGAAGAUCUGUGGAAAAGGUUGAAGUGGUGACACAAACUCCCUUCAGCCUUGACCAUGCCCCUCGUAUUACUAUCAGGAUGCGAUCUCAUCGUGUACCAUAUGGUUCCAACACAAGGUUUUCUCUAAACAUCCAAGCCAAGCCUGAACCAGAGGUCAAGUGGUUCCAUAAUGGAAAAGAGAUUCACCAAAGUAGCAAACAUCAAGUGACAAACAUAAGUGGUGUUUUGACUCUCCAGAUCAACAGCUGUGUAACUGAGGAUUCAGGGACCUACCGUGUGGUUUGCAAGAACACCAAAGGAGAGAUUUCUGACUAUGCUACAUUGGAUGUAACAGGAGAAGAAUUUGCUACUUUCUCUUCCCUCCAGAGAGACGAAGAGCCUCCAUCUGGAUUUCUGCAAAAAUUGUCAGAAACAGAGAUUUAUCAUGAACAAUCUUCUAAAGUAUCUCUGAAAGAAACUGAAAGUGUAAAAGAAACUACCACAACCAUCGCUGAAGAUCACAGGGAGACACGAAGUGUUCCUGCCACAAUCGUGACCAAGCCACAAUCCUUGAUUGUGAAUGAAGGUGACACUGCCAGAUUUGAGUGCGAUGUUGAUGGUGAGCCGUCCCCCUCUAUCACCUGGUUGCGUGAAGGUGUAACUGUUGGCCCCUCUUUCCGUCACCACAUUGUAUCUUCACAGUACAAUUCCAUUUUUGAGAUUUCUGCUGUUGAGAUGUCAGAUGAAGGUAACUACACGUUGCUUGUAGAAAAUCCUGGCGGUAAACAAGAAGCCUAUUUUACUCUUACAAUAAACAAGUCUGAGUCAAAGGAGAAAGUGGCUUCCUCCCCUAGAAUCACUUCUCCAGAGGCUAAAUCCCCUCUUUCCAAAUCCCCUGAACCGAUCAAAUCCCCCCAAAGAGUUAAGUCACCCCAGCAAAUAAGGUCUCCAGUCUCCCCAAAAUCACCAACACCAAAGUCUCCCACGCCAAAAUCUCCCACUCCUAAAUCCCCAACUCCUUCAGAGGUGAGACAAGAGAUCAUCACAUGUCAAGAUCAAUCAGUGGAAGGCCUCAUUUUAGCCCCCUACUUUUUAGUACAGCCAAGGUCCCAAAAUGUCAAUGAGGGACAAAAUGUUAAAUUCACCUGUCUAAUUGGAGGAGAUCCUUCAUCCCGAGUGGAGUGGUUGAAGGACAACAAAAACAUAUCUAUCAUGUCAAAUAUUAUACUGGGCCAGUCAAGGAAUAUGUAUACUCUAAAGAUAUGUGAAGCCAAGUCUGCAAACCAUGGAAAAUACACAAUACAAGCCAAGAAUAAGUUUGGACAGUGCUCUGCAACUUUAUACCUCGAUGUUUCCAGCACUCCUGCAAAGACGGAUGCUCUUCCACAGCGUGCGAGCGCCCUGGCAGGGAAGUCUCCAGCGCUGGCAGGUUCUGCAGUGAAGGGGGAAGAUGCUGGAGCAGACGGCAGCAGAUUCUCCAACAAAUUUUGCUCAAAGUCUGACGCCUUUCAAAUUCGGUCGAUGUAAAAAAUAACUGAAAACAAAUGAUUUAUAUCCAGUUUCCCUUAAUAGAUACUUUUUAUUAAGUGAAACAAGAGCACUAGAUUUACUUAAUAAAAAUCUGGACUGCUGUUUGUGUAAAUAUGAACUAUUUUUAUAUCGAACCUGACAUUAAUUUAUGCCAAACAAGGUACUAAAGUUGUGAAAUGUGCCAUAUUGGAUUACCAUGACUUAGGAUGUUUGAACCUCCUUUUUGUGACAUGUACAUAAUGUAUAUAGCCGAAUUGACCGGUUAUGGAAAAUGUAUGCAUUGUUUUUGAUGACAAAAAUAUUAUCUGAAAUUUAAUGAAACCUAAAUGGGGUUUAACAGGAGAAAGUUCCACAAGGAACGAAUACCCUGCUAAACUUAGAAACUAAACUCUGUGCCUCAACGAUAAGUUGAAGUUUUAAGAUUGCCUCAACAGGUAGAGAGGCUCCCUGUUGAUGUUGUAAACCAAAAGCACAAGGACAAAAUGAUCAUUUAUGACAUGUAUUUGUGAUGUUACGGUUUCUUGCCGAUAGUACCAUGAGUAAAAGACCCCGAGUGCUGCGUGCAUUACCCUCAUGUAGGCAGCACGAAAUGGCCUUUUGCUCAGACUGACAGUCAUGAAAGCAUGAAUCGAUGACCUUCCCAGAGUGCGAGCGGCCUGCACUCUGUAUUUGGAUCAUCUUCAUGAAAGGGGCUGUUUCUGUUCAAAGACAACACUGAACAGCAAGUCAAAAGCAACACUUCUGUGCAGAAGCAGCGCUGUCUUUCGCAGGAUACCUACAUAAUAAUUUUGAGUGUUUGCGUGUGAGUGUCUGUAGCUAGUAGUUCUUUUAUUGUCUCAUUAAUCAGGGUUUUCCUCAUCUACAUCACUGAGUCCAUCUCUUGUGAGAAGAAAAGCAGUUAUGUUUUACCCUGCUCAUUUAUUCAACCUAUCUCAUGAUGUAAAACUAUAUUUUGUCCUCCCUGGGCUUUAUGCAUUAUUGAUUUAAUAAAGCAUGAUUUCAGCACUA